GAGAGAGAGAGAGAGAGAGAGAGAGAGAGAGAGAGAGAGGGCGCAGUGAACUGUGAAACGAACUGUUGGAAAGUAGACGGCUGACUAACGUAGAGAGCUCCCCGCCGCUGUUGGUUUCUCACGUCGCUUGCAGCCGCUGCCCGCAUUUCAUGAGAUAGGACAGCAGCUUCGGUGGCUCGACAGAGGUAAGUGUGACGGCUUUAUGUCUUGUGAAGGUGUAUUUUAUUGUCUGAAGUGGUCAAUGUCCCCCGUCUCGUCCCCCUGGCUGUCCCCGUUGCGAAAGAGUGUUCUGACAGCGCUUUGUAAACAAACUGCGAGCGCGGCGUCGCUCCUCCGCUCGUAUCCGCGGUGCGAAUGGAAACCCGCCGCCGCCGUGCUCUCUCUGUCGGACUUUGUUUCUGUUCCUCUUAGGCUCUACAAACCCUGGCAGACAGCUUUCAAAUCGUUGUUUUAUUCCUAUAGCUAAUAAUCCCUCAUGGAGUGACAGCAUGUAUGUGCUGUCAGGGAGUUUACUGUUGCAUGUGACCCUCUGCUAGCAGUGGCCUCUCUUAACUGUGAUAGAGGAAUCUUCAGUAAGUUUUCAAGCCUCCCUCCAAGCUUCGCACGACUCCACUGUCACCUGUUAUCAGGCGUUAUUCGUCACCGAGGUUAAAAAUGAACAAUAACGAUAACUAACAGCAACACACACACACACACACACACACACACACACACACACACACACACACACACACACACACACACACACACACACACACACACACACACACACACACAUAGGCUCCGGCUUUUAUAAUCUUCAGCUGUGAAAAGCGUUAUUCACAGACCCGGAGUCUAAUAAUUGUUUAAUGGGCUUUCUUCAGUUAGAGUCAGAGAGCUUUUCUUCAGUGACUGUCUUUCUGGCGUUGACACCACGGUGUGCACUUAAAUACCUUGCUUGAUUCAUUCAACUGCGGUCUGAAUAUGCCUUAAUGGGUGAUGAUAAAAGGGGAAAUCCUCCCACUUUAUAUUUCAGAAAGAAAUCUUGGACUUUGUCCUCAGUGACAGUUGUUGGACUGCUGUGGUUGGAUAAAUAGACAGUACACAGACAGGCAUUCAUAAACUGAUGCAUUCCCAUAGUUUAAACCCAGAAGUUUGGAUGUUUCUUAUGCAACAGGCUCCUGCUGAGAUAAACACACCUAUGAUUAAACACUAUAUCAUCUUUUAGUAACAACAUAGAUUUGAUUUUAGAAAGGGAAAAAGCCUAAAACGCUAUUCAAAUGCUGGAAAGCAGCAUACAAAUAAUACAAAAAAACAACUAUCAACUGAGAUUAGGUCUCUCACCGGCAAAUAUUAAUUCAUUCCCAAUGGUAAUGGUCCUGAUUUCUGAAAAAAAUAAGAGUAUAAUAAGGCCACUAUUAUCUCACUAGAGCUCCAAACAGACAUACAGUAAACCUCUGUGCCUAAGUCAUCUUGCGCUCCGAGGGUCAGGCUGGAGAUGAAGAAGAUACGCCUCUUUGUUGAUAAAUUUUGGCUCGAAGGCUAAUAUAAAUGUCAACUGAGGUCAUGGUCUCACAGAAGCUGAAUUGUGAAUUUAAGAUGAGCGUCAGCAUUAACCAUCUUGGUUUUUUCAGAUGAAGUCCGUGCCAUGUAGUGUCAGCGUUUCUGAUUAUGCAUUUGACGUGUAUUCGUUUUACCCAUUGAUAUGUGGUUUGAAAAAGCACCAAAGGAUUGCGCUUAAAGGUCAGUGUACACGGUGACUGUCAAAGCUGCUGCACACAACUGAAUCAAUCAAUCCUGAGCCCAGACCUAUGGCUGCGCUGACAGAACUGAAAUGCCACUGACGCUGUAAUAUGAUUUGCAAGAUCAUACGUGCUAUGUUUGUGGUUGUGUAUAUGUGUGCAAAUGAGCGUACCUGCAGCAGUGACACACGUCCAAUACAAACAUUCUGUGAUUAUGUCGCUGGCUCAUAAAACAUUGCAUCACUGUUUUCUUUGGACAAGCAAACAAAGCUUCCCCCAGACUCUGUCCCAUGUGCCAUCUUUUCACUGAGAGUAACAUGUCACAUUAGUCUGGCUGUACGGGGAAGCAAUGGUUAAUGCCUUUUAGCCUUUAACCUCAUUGGCAGACACUGUAUUACUCUGCAUGCUACCUCUAACAUUGCAUUGAGUGUUGAGGAGUAAGGUUGGGUUUUUUUCUCCUCAGGUUUUUGUAAAACUACGCUGCCUGAGGUUGGCAAGGGGACAUGGCAUGCAGGCCAGGCAUGAACUGGCUGGCACACUAUGUCCCUGACAGAGAGACCCAGAUGUAGGAGGAGUGGUAGCAAGAGAGACAGGGGAACCCAAUGUGUUAUCCUACAAGGCUUCUAUGCCAUGUGCUCACAGCAUGGCUUGUCUGUGCUCCUCUCUUUUUACACUCCACACUGCCAGACAAGUGUAGGGUUCAGCCAGCGGGAAAAGACUCAUGAGAAAUUUGAAGUACUGUGUGUGCAUGAAUAUGUGUGAGUGUGUGUUGUUUGGUGUGUGUGUGUGUGUGUGUGUGUGGAGGGGGGUGGUUGUUUAGGAAGACUGCAGAGAAAACACAUUCUCAACAAUGUCAUCUUUAGUAGCUGGAAGUGAGAGAAUUAGAUCAUUUGUUUCAGUCUGACUGAGCCAUGAGUCAAAUGUGUCAGAGUCACUUAUACACUAAUGACUGUCCUUAGCGCGGGGCUUCUUGUCAGUGUCGGCACUGGAGGAGAGGAUGGACAGAGAGGCUGAGUGACUCUUUGCUUUGGAUUCAAUUCUUUCAUAAUUCAACUUUAUGAAAACAAAAAAAGUGACAUUAACAAGACAAGAAGGGGUUAAGUAAGGUUCACAGAGAUGUAGAAAGGGAAACACAUUCAAAGGGAAGUGAUAAGGAAGCAUGUGGUGACAGGCACCCUAACCUCCUCCCCCUUUCAGUUGGGCUAAUGCUAAUCCACUGGUCACAUGACCAUGAGCUCUUAGCCUGGUCUUGGCCAGGAGCGCUCUGAUCCAUCUGUCGAAUAGCGUUGCUGAUUGUUGGCAUCUACAGUGUGCACUUCUGUCCCAUGAUCACUGCCUGCAAACAGAGCAAGCUAUUUUACUGCUGUCAUCGAGUAAUUUUUCUUUUCUUUUUUUUUCCAAGAUUGCCCUCUCUCUCUCUGUCCCUUCAUCAGUGUAUUUAUUCUCUCCUUAUCACGCUCUUUUUUUUGCCAAACUUUCAUUGAAUUCCUCUUCUCAUCAGUAUAGUGAGUUAGUGGAAGGAGGAUAUGUUCAGCCCUGGCAGACGCUGAGAAGCAUGAUAAGACCUCAGGUCAUUAUCUCAGUGACACAACAAGGGUAGCCAGAACGCCUCAAAAGUCAAGGGAGUCACACCUCAGGAAAGGAAAGUGCUCAAUUCAGUUCCCAUCAUUGUUGAAUAGUACUUCCUUUUUUAUUACUUUGACUGACCAGGUAUAGACUUGAAUAAAUGUGGCCUACUAUUAGUUAUUUUAGGGCCCCAAAUAAUUUUGCCCUUGUGUGAAGUGAACAUGAAUACCAGUUCUCAUUGAGUUCCAAUUACAUGAAUUAUAAAUGAGGUAUUUGUGUCCCUCUUUUCUUAAAUCCAAAUGCUGCAUUCAGAGGUUAAUGCUCUGAUAUUGAUUAUAAUUAUUAUGCUGCAGGAGCAGAAUAAUAAUAAAAAUCUAAUUCUGUUGCCUGGUCCAGGUUGUUGUUGUUUUAGAUGCUGUGGUUUCAGCCCAAAGGUUGGCAAAGCCAGCUUGUGAGCUACUGCUAAGCUGCCUCUUUACUGGAGGGCAGUUUUGUAGAAAAGAGGAGUGGAUUUCUUUUUCACUCACAGACUCGCGUGAGGUUGCUUUUUCAGAAAGAAUUGUAACCCCGGAGUAACCCCGAAAGAAACUCAGCGACCAGCAGCAGACGACUGCUUCUGUGCCCUGAAGAUUAAAGGGGUGGAGGGUGGGAGGGUGGGGGGAUAUGCCUUUCCACAUUUACAGUAAAAUCUGCAAAGCUACAAAGUUUGGUGUCCAUACUACAUGCAAAAUUUCACAUCAUCGGGUAAACUCAUUUUGUCAUAAUCCUAUAAAAUAGACGUCUACUGCUCCAAACAGGAUCUUGUUAUAGUGUUAUAGGCUCUCCUUACUGCCUCCAUUAGUGUGUGAGUUGACAAGCACAGCAGAGUGGGGUAAUGCUGCUCUACUGAUUGACCAAAAUAGUAUUGGGCGGGGCCAAAACACCAGCCUCUGGAAAGCCUCUGGAAAGAUGACCAAUCAGAAGACAGCAGGCUCAUGGAGCUGAUUUUUUGAUCUGAAAAUCAUGUGAAGAUAUUAAAGAGUCUGAAGAAAUGCAUAAAGGGAAUGAAUGGAUGUCUCUUUGUUGGAAAUAAUUUUCAGGCUGUCAUUUCUGGUGUACAUGAGUUCAAUUUAAUUCUUGAGUACAAGUUAUAUAAAAGGAUUGAUCAGCAUUGUAUCUUAUCUUUAUAAUUCAGUGAGUUUUUGAUCUCUGACGUCUCAGCCAGUGGUGUUCAAAGUUACUCUGCACAACAUGUUUUGUGUUUUAUUACUGCUUUAAACUCUGACUCAUGCUUGAUCUUUCAUGCAUGGAUUAUAGGAACAAAUGGUUUUAUCCAGAGCCUUUGCCUCAGAGGAAGUUCCAUCAUGUGAAUUCUGGGAUCUUAAAAAGAUGGAAAGAAGCUUUGAUUAGUAAGUACAGAGUCAAGAAAUAAAGUUGGGGUUGAUAAAUGUAUGCAUCAAAGUAGUAUAAGUUAUUCAAUUGGACUGUAUUUCAUUUUGAGGGCUGCAUUUAUUUUCCACCAAGAUGACAAAGAAGAUUUUCAUUUUCAAGUGACAGAGGGUAGUAAAAGUGAAAGCAGCUUCAUUGGUUCUGUCAAGAGGUACUAAAUUAAAAAAGACCCUGAGGGAUUAUGUAAAAUUCCUUUCUAAGUGAAGUGAUACAUUUCUUUAAAGAACCCAAAUCUCUUUUUGAAGGGUAUUAGCAUUUCAUUUCUUCUUUUAUACCCACACUGUUUGUUCAUGCUGUGGGUGUUGACCGUAUACUGUAAGCUUGGCCUGCUGUCCUACUUCUAAAGGCAGGGUGGUUUAUCACCCAUGGAGUGAGGACACUGCCAACUGACAGCCGGGAAAAGAGGGGAAUCUAUGACAAUGCUGCUUCAGUGAAAUCAAACAAAUACGUGGUAAAUCAUAUGGUGGGGCAUUUUUUAUGGCGAGGAAAAAGACUCAGAACAGCAAAGUCUUGCUCAGUGACGGGAAUAAAGAAUAGUGCACUUGUCCUUGCAUGCACCCCGUGGGCCCACAUAGGCUUUAAGAGAAAGCAAAAGAGAAUAUGAUGAACUUCUAACAUUUUAAACAUCAUCAUAAAGUCAGUUAACAUCACGUGUAAGAAGUUUGCCGUCUUGCUGCUUGAGGCAUUACAAAGCCAUUGUGCAGUGGAUGAAAUUAGGCAAUGAUUUGACUGGAUAUUCGUGAUGUUUUUGUCACUCAGGCUGUGUUCGUGGGUUUGGAGGACACACUGAUGGGUUUUUCAAAUCAAUACAGUCAAAACAGUUUAUGGAAAAUAUUUGACAGAGAUUUAAAUGAACUCAGUUACAUGUAAUAAAGACAGCAUGGUUAAUAUUGGAAUUGAGUGCUGGUCCUGUGGCAGACUUUUUAGGCUUGCUAAUUUUCAGUCUCAUCUUUUUUUUAAAACCACUACAAGAAUCUGGAUUGACAGAAAUGUCAUCUUUGUAUUCUGGAGAGUUUUCAGCUAUGUAAUCUUCCGAACCUUUGUGCUCUUAAAAAUCAUUUUCAAGGCCCCUCUGAGUAGGGACCCUUUUACCAUCGUUAUCGCCUUUAAUAAGGAGCCUCACGGGCAAAGCUGCAUUUGUUGCACCCUGCCCUUUAUUUGCACACGGGUUUGUAUGUAAAAAAAUAUAUCGAGUGUUUACUGUAAACCAGAGGGUAAAGGUGGUGUGUGGGAGAGGAAGGGUGUAAAGUAGGUGCUUGAAAUGAAACAUUGUUGCACUAUUGUGCAGGAAUACCAGUUGCAGACAGAAAAACUAUGCAUGCAUACACACACUCAUAUAUGUGCAACCAUUGAAAAUAUGUAUGAGAUUAGUGUGAAAUUAUUAUUAUUAUUUUUGUUAGAAAGCAUUAAAUUAGCAGUGUUUCUUUGAAUACUUGGCUGUGGUGACUUUUCUGACACUUGCCACUUAAAACCCAGACAGUCAAAAGGAUCUCAAAGUCCCUCUUUUACAAUCUAUAUACAACCUGGAAAGCAAGAUCAAGUGAGCGUUUGCCCUUCUGCUCCACAGGAGGUUUCUGUCCUCUUUGAGUUGGACUUAAGACACCUGCAUCACUGUUUGACAGGUGCACUAGUCAAACUCCCCCCCUGCCACUUUCCCCACUUGAUGCUAGACGCAAGAGGCUUAGCCUGCUUGCCUCCUCGGGUACAUGAAAAAAAAAAUUUGUUGUGUUGUUUUUACGGACAGCUGAGGCCUCCUGCAUAUUCCACUCAUGUCACAGUCUCAGGGUAGAGUCAAGCUCAACAAGACCUUCUUUCCCUGCUGGUGGCUGUAACUUAGUGGUAGAGUUAGUUGGUCAUUCCUCAGGUGGGAGGUUGGGGGUUUGAUCCCAGGUCCAGCUGUACACAUGCCAAAGGGACUUUUGGCAAGACACUGACUUAACCCCUGGGGGCUCCGCUGGAGGUGUACAAAUGGGAUUAGUUAAAACUAAUAAACUUUUUGGAAAACAGACUCUACCAUCAGUGUGUGAAUGUGGUGUGAAAAGAGUUAACAUGUUAUGCAAUGUAUAUUUUAUCAUGCUAAGUGGGUCCCAAAGACCUAAACGCUGUACAAGGGUUAAGACUUUAAAAUACAGUUUCCUCCAUCCUCCUGUGACAAGUUGUUAAUCUGUAUAUCUGACCUUAGAGCGAGUUGGGAUGCAAUGCACAGUACAUCUAUGUAUGUCUGUGUAUCUUUUCUGCUCUAUUAUCAGUGCUGCUGUGCAUGAUGCUGUGGUUGGCCCAACAUGAACUGUCUUAAACAAUGUGUCCCAUCGACCCAGAUAAAGAAGAAGCAGUUGCAGAGACAAGGCAGCCCAAUGAUUUAUGUGUCUGUUCAGAUCUUCCUCUCAAUGUUUCAGAUUAGAUAAUCUAGGUGAAAUAUUUCUGCUGAGUCCAUUUCAAAGCUGCGAUGUAGAACUUUUCACUCUGGGCAAGUAAUGCAGCCUGAAGAUGACAUCUAAUCUCCAUUCAGUCAAUUUAACCCCAGACUGAGCACAAAUGAUUUAAACUCACAAAAAUGCCUAAUUGCUCAAGGACAAAAAUUUGACCCUGAUUUUCAUAGUCCUCACCGCCACCGUCAACCUGCAUGCUACCACCUAUGUUUCUACUGCAGUCAAGAUCACUCACUACAAGAAUCAGCAGCUCCUAAAUCAGGACUCAAAGUUUUAGCAGGUGUAAGAUUAAGAAGAUUCACCAGGUCAGUGUUCAGAUUUAGGGUUCACAAAAGACGAACAGACACCAGGUGACUUCAGGUAACGUGUUACCAGAAAAGUCAAACAUUUAUAGUAGCCAUUAGGUAACAAAUAAAACAGCAAACUAAUAGCAAAUUAAGAGUAUUAACAGAGGCCAGUGACACAACACAAAGGAUCCACCACCCACUGGCACUGUCCUCACAAUCCCAUAAUGUCAAAUAUUAAGAGGUUCAUCAGCAGGACAAUACCCCAAUAUAGCCACAAAGCAGUAAAGAUCAUCAAUACAGUCAGGGUACAGGCUACAUGAGGUGAACAGUGGCUACCUUAGGUCGCAUGGCAGCUAAGGCUAAACAAGGUGCUUCCCUCAUUAUUUACUAUUGAUUUAAGCAACAUACAACAAACUGAUGCAAUGCUCGGGUUCUUUUAAAUUCCCCAAAGCAUUACAGAGUUACUUCAUGUUGGUUCACAGACCCCAAAAUUAAACAAAUCAUGAGUUUCUCUGUAUUGUUGUAUCAAUUUUUACUAGGGGUGUCACGAUUCUAGAAAUCCUCGAUUCGAUUUAACUUUCAAUUUUAGGGUCACAAUUUAAUUUGAUUCUCGAUUCUUUUCUUUUUCCUACAGCACAGUGGCCUAUGCCAUUUUUAGACUAGUCUAGUCUACGAUCAUUGGUUUUAUUUAUUACGAUUUGUACUGUAAUUGUAAUGGUAGGCUGGACCAGUGAUGGUGUUUUCCCAUCUGUUAAAUCAACAUCUUUGUGAUGCUGGCAAAUGUGUGUGGCCAUGUGCAUUGUGUUACCCGUUGUCGGGUAUGCUACAUGCACAUAGCAUAGUUUACACACUGCCGUCUUCUUGUCGACAACACAAACAUUGUCAACAUAACUCACCAGAGAUGCAAAGUAUUUCCAUACUUUAGAUUUGUGAGAGGCAGGAGCGGCUUCAAGUUCUGGUGCCACAUCUCGUUUAUCCACACUGGCCAUGGUGUCAUAAGUGGCAUUGGCUCACGUCAGCUACAGUGUGCGGCGUUGUCAUUUGCUUCCGUUUUGCACACCUCCCGGAUGUGGAGGGAGGGGAUCAUCGAUCCUCUCUUUGAUUUCGAUGAUGGAGACCAUGACGUGAUUUUGACCCCUAGUUUUUACAAGGCAUAAAAAUACUGGAGAUCCUUGUUUGUGAAGUAGGCAGGAUAAUGCUGCUGAGUGGAAAUGGGCUAAAGUGGAAAACCUAAUAAAGCUAAGAGGAAAAUAAACACCCUCUUUACAAGAUAGGGAUGGUGCUUAAGAAAUACUGGAAGAAAACAUGCAGUCAGAAAAAUGAUGGCACCUGAUGUGUCCCAUGGUAUCACAAUACAACUCAUGAUGUGCAUUUGGGGGGAACCUAUAAACAAUUUAGUCCAGUUGUUUGUGCUGCUAUUAUUCAUGACCCUUGUUGUUGAGAGGUGGCGUGUGCGUGUGCAAAUGCAUGUGUUUCUUUCAGCUAGAUUUAGGUCAUGGAUGCUCCCUUGUGUCCAGGGGAAGAGCUGACAUCCGUGGAUGAUUACUAUAAGGACUAUUUGAUUAAAAAAAAGGGUUGUGAUGACAUACAAGAAGGGAAAAGAUUUCUCAAUUAUUUAUGCUUAUAUCUCAUUUAUAUUUUGUUCUUUGUUGGAUUAAAGCGGGCUGGAUUAAAGUAUAAAUAGGGCUCAACCAAACAGAGAUAGUGUCUGAGAAAACGGCAUUCCUCUGUGUGAUGUGGUCAGAACAUUUGUGAGUUUUGCUGCAUUUAUUCAUUUUUAAGCACACUUUGAAAAUUUCCUUUAGAUUAAUAUUACAGUGUGAUAAGCAGUCACUAUAUAGGCUGUUGUUGCGUUAUUGGGCAAAGGUUCACUACAGUGCUGAGUAAGGGUCUGGAUUUGUGAAGCUGUUAUUCUUGUAUUGAUCUGAACUCACUGUGCCUUCAGCUAUAAAACAAAAUCUCCAUCUGCCCUGCCAAUCCAACAAAGUAACAACCAAACUUUUACUGUAACCAACAUUUACUGCCUCUAAAAUGAAUUCAAAACUUGUAAUUCAAUCAAACAUAUUCUAAUUCAGUGUAUUAUGGAUGGUCUUGCUGAUUCCAGUCUGACAGAUAAAGAUUGACUCCCAUUUUGUCCCAUUUUUGUGCACCAUAAAACACAUAACUGCUGAUAAACAACGAGUUCAAGACUGUCAGUGAGACCUUGCAGAUGCCACUCAGUCUUUACAUUAGAGUCAAAUCUUAGCCUAUUAUGGUUUUUAUAUUUAACAUCUGUUAAAGGGAGUUCCUCUCUGCCCAGUCUAAGACUAUAAGAUCCCAUCUGUUGCUGCCUUCUUUGUCCCUUGCUACCCCUUUGAGGGAUUUGGCCAUGUGAGUCAAUCACAUGCACUGUUAAAUAUACACUGCCAGAAAGGGGAGGCUAGGACAACUCAGUGAGUUCAUGUUGUGUUAAUACAUUGUUAAGCAUCGUUGUGACUCAUUGUUUGUUGCCUUACCUUCAAACCUUGUUAAAUAAUUCCGUUCUUACAUGAUCUCUUAUCUCUGCUCCUUGAGCCAGCAAAGCAAUGAGAUGUGUGCAGAAUUGUAAAUUAUAGAUAGAAAGGUAUGCAGUUCUCUUCUGUAUUCCUUUUAGAUUCUGCAUUUAUAUUUAAUCAGGAUCAGAUUUUUGGGAUAAAUCGUGUCUCACAAUAAUGGUUUCUAACAUUCCCUGUAUUUGUUACAGCCGUGUAAACACACUGAUUCUACAAUGCAUUAAGAAAUUAUCUUCUGUGAGCUGGAGAGUUUCUCAAUUACUUCAGUCUCCUUGCUCACUUGUCCAGGUUAUCCUUGUGCAUCUACCUUAAUCGCUCUGAUGCUACCAAGCAUACAGCACCAUGAGGUUGAUGUCUUUGUUGCCUUUGUAUAAUGUGGCACAGAAGAGAGCACUACCCUGUUUCCCUGCUUGGAUGAUGCUCCUGUUAUAAGCAGCUCCACCGUACUCCACAAUCCCAUCAAUGCAACAUAACAACAGUAUGACAUUAGGAUUACUGGUUGAUCAUAUUUCUAUCUGCAAGGACAUUGUAAGUGGGCUUAUGUUGAGAAAAAAAAAUGAACACCCAGUACACAGAGAGGCAUCUGGGAAUCCUAGUAGAAGGUCCUGUGAGUAUUGUUCUGUGCUGUCUCUGACAGCUGGCUCGCUUUUUUUGCAAAGUGUCCUGAUCUCAUGGCUAGUGUUAAUUUUGGGAAAUAAAAUGAUCUAAUUUAAUAGUGUAACUGCCUAACAAAAUAGCCUGUCUAUUAGGGGUGGGAGAAAAAAAUACAUACAGCAUAAUAUUGCAAUAUUUUAUCUGGUGAUAUAUCGUAUUGUCUCUUUUAUCAAGUAUUGAUUUUUUUUCAAAUUAAUUGCUAAUAUAUAGUCAAAUCUAUGAUGAUGGAAAAAUAAAGUCAACUGUUAGUCCAGUGAGGUUGGCAGAGGUGACAUCAUAGAGCAGGAGAAAGUGAGUACAACAAAUAUAUAUGGUUUGCAAGAUAUGCUUCAUGCAAAUAAAAUACAGUGUAAAUAAGACAAUUAUAAAGAAAAGCCAAAUGCUAAAUUAGCUAAACAGUUUUUGUAUAAAAUCGUAUUGUGAUAAUAUAGUAUUGUGAGGUCACUGGUGAUUCCCACCCCUACUGACUAUGUGUUAGAAAUAUUAAAAUAUAUCUCUAACUUGUGUGUCAUAUUUGAGCUAAAAUAUACAACAGGGACUGAGAUGUCCCUUUAACUGAAAAUGUUAAAAAAAGCAGCUUAAGUGUAAAAUAAACUGUCCUCUUUGCCAUCCAGUGCCAUCCCCAUACUGCACCUUCGGUGUUAUAAUGUUGCUUGGAGUCUGUACCACUUGGUUUCCCAGCAUACACUGGUAGAAAAUUGUGUUAAAAGAUCCCUGGAGACUGACUUAUUCACAGUUCAGUUUUGAGAGCUACUAUGUAUGACAGAUGAGUAAUAGCUGCUUAUUUUACCAGAUCAAAAAUCAGCUUCACAGGCCAGGUUCACAUUCAUCUACAUGGACUUUGAUUCUAGUUUAUACUGCAUAUUCCUCUGACACAAAAUCUCACUAUUGGACUAUCACUCAGGCAGCAGGCAUGUUGAAACAUUUCUGUACGAAAAGUUGUUUUUCAAGCAGUUUUGGAACAGUCAUGUCAGCCUGUUGCUUUGAAGCUCACCGGUCUACUCUCACUAUCUCAGCUCAGACCUGGUUGUGUCAAUGACAAGUGGACUCUGCUUGUAUAUGAGUAGUCCUCCUCUGUUAUGAUGUUAACAGGAUUAUUUUGAAUGAUGGGGAUGCCGAGGAAGGUUCUGGUCACAACAACAGACACAGUCCUCCCUAUUGUCAACAGGAGCUCCUCCAUAAUGCAUAUCUUUACUAUGUUAAUGUGCCACGCUUACCUUCAAAGACCACAUUACCAAUGUUGCCCUUGUCGAACAAGUGUCACGGUUUAAGCCUAGUUCUCAUUCAUCACUUCUUUUAUGUAAAGCUGCAUUGAUGAUUUUCAAAACUAUGUUUCAAAAGAAAGAAAAGUGAAACCUUGAGUGUGGUGUUUUGGUUAAAGAGAAAGGAACUGGUUUAGUUCAGUGUGCAUGGAGCUAAUGAAAGAGCCAUGAGAUGAAUUCAGAUCAACAAAUGAGCCCCCCUGGUAGAGCAGGCUCUUUAGCCUUCAUUUGCUGUUAUUUGUAAUUUAUUACCUGAAGGAACAGUUGAAUCGUUCUGGUAAUGCGAUAACUUUGAGCUGGAUCAGUUGAGGCUGAAGGCUUAAUUUUGUGAUUUUCUGAAAUGCCUGUUGAGGCAACGAUGGAGUAAUUUGCAUGUGGAACUCCAGCAAAAUGAAUGAUGAAUUCAGCUCUUAAGGUACCAGAGGGUAAACAGGUCUUAUCAGAGGGACCUCUUGAGAUAAUCUUUAUUUCACACAAAGGAUUUAUAACAUAAUUGUUCUAAAAGAAACCAUAGGAAGUUCUGUUUGAAUGAGCUCAGUCCUGUCUGUCAGAAAGCAUUGCCGGUGUUGUUCAUUGCUGUGGGGCAGAGACCUCUGUGCAGUAAAGGUGGGGUUGACCUUUACUGAAAGCACUGAGCCCGCCAUGAAGGGAGGGGAAUCAUGGGGAGGGGAGCAACGACAUGGUUGGGGGGUGGAGUGGUGGGGUAGUCCCUGAGCUCUGGUGACUGGGUUAGAUACUGUGUGUGAGAAACUGCAGCUAUCUGACCUCUGACCUCUGACACAUGACACGCUGGGAAGAUCAAAGGGCAGGUCUCUUAAAAGGCUGCCUGCGCUAGUGUUUACAGUAGUGCUGAUAGAGGAAGAGGAAGAGGAGGAGAUAACUAAAGUGAAAGAAGAGACUGGAGAAGAGGGGCAGAAUGAUGAUAUCACAUAUGAAGAUACUAUGCCAUAAUGGUACUGCUUUAUGCAACAAGAUUUAAACCAACAUUAUUGGAUCAUAUCCUGGAUUUGGUCAUGUAAUUGUUUCAUUGUUUCACAUACUCAGUUUUUACAUGAUUUAUGAUCAGACUGAACCUUCAUUUCAGUAUGUAAUCAAAGAUUUCCUCAAAUUGUAGGGGUUUGUUCUGAGUACCAUGGUAGCAGCUUACUUUUUAACUCUUAGAUGAUCCAUUUGGACAUACGGCUGGGCGAUAAACCAAAAAUUUACAGAUACCAAAGUUUACGACUAUAACUGACGUCAUUUUGCCCUUAAUGGUAUUCAGUGUCAAAAAAAUAAAUGAAUAAAAGUUGGUUUUGGAUGUGUGUAGGUAGGCUAUGAUCUCAUGUCCCUUUAAAGGUCCUUACACACCGGGGCCGGCGCGAAUAUGGAACGCAAAAUUCUGAAAUAUUCAGAGGCGAAUUUUGAUGCGUCUGACUACACAUCAAGCUCGAUGUGAUUUUGUGACUUUCCGGGGGGGAAAAGACGCAUCCCGGGAAGACUUUUCCUGGGGAAAGUCCCGCCUUCUUCGCCUCUGAUUGGCUAGAAAAGCUGGAAACGUCAUCACACGAUCAAGCCAAACAGUCAGCACUUAUAGCCAAUCAGAGGUGAUAAGAUAAGCACAUGAAACUAUGGUACUACGUUAUGGCUUACUAUGCCUACUACUUCUUAUGACUAUGGCUUACGUUAGCACAGAUGAAAGUUAAAACAAAGACGUUUAGCAAACUGUUAAAGCACACAAACCAUCGCCAUAUGAGAGAUCCAUCGCUAUGACUCUCCACAAGUUGUCCUUCAGGUCGUUAUCUUUGUAAUGUUUGUGUCUUUUAUCAUAAAGCACUCUGUUCUCAGACAUGUAAACAAUCGGCCGGUCGGCCAUGUUGGAUAUACCGGUGAAUCUGACGUCGCAACAACACGCAAUCUGAUUGGUAAGAAGUGGACACACAGUGUGGGAAACUUAAGAAAAAUCGACCAUGAUCCGAAAAAAUAGAUGCCACAGUAUCGCAGGAUGGGAAAAUGUCGCUGAUGUGAACGCUUGUAUUGACAGGAUACGGGUUCGAAAAAAAUAUUGACUUCCAAAAUAGUCGCACGAAAAAACGCUCCCGGUGUGAAAGGACUUUAAGACGCUGUCCUACGUCAGAGACAUGACUCCACCCCACCCAGUUGGUAACAAAGAGGGAAAGACAGGUGAGGAGAUGGAGGAUGGUUUACAAGAUGUAGCGGCUGGAGCUGCGGCUGAAGUUGAUGAAGUUAAUGUGGGAGGGGGUGAGCCCUAUAGCAGCUUACUUUUUUACUCUUAAGUGCUCCCCUUGGAUGUACGGUUGCUUUAGAGUUCAAUUUUUGUGAGCUUUUGCCCACUCAUAUCUCUUUUUCCUGUUCUGUGGACGAAGUAGUGUUUUUUUGCAGAUACACAACCCUUCAGACCAGCCUUUCUCAAACGUCAUUUCACGGUUGUCAGAGAUAUGGGUUUCGACCUUGUCAUGUUGAUUUCCUCCCUUAUUUGUGGUGCUGUCUUUCGCCGAUCUCUCUUACUGGUGACAAUGCUAUGUUUAUCCUCUUCUUUUGUAGUAACUCUCUUUCGUCCAGGUCUUUUUAUAUCAUCAUAACUUCCAGGUUGCAAUUUCUCUUUCUGUGUAUCCUUCUUUCCUCAAUGUACAAAUCUGUACUUUUGUUUCUUUACUCAGUUGCUUAUUUCUAGCCAUUUUUGUGGUAGUUUGAACGCAGUUGAGAUUUAUUAGGAUUUUUGUAUGCAGACUCUCAAAAGAAUAAUCCAACUGUGAUUUGUUUUUUUUUGCUUUUGCACUGAAGUUGUGACUCUUGCAAAUGUUUUCAACCCUAAAACUAAGCCCUUAUUCUCUUUUGAUGACAUAUGUAGCAAUGGUCUGUUAACAUCAAUGUAUAUCUAAAGGUAAAUGGAGUAAAAUGGUGCAUUUCCAUGAAAGCAACAUUUGAUCAUGCUAUAAAGGAGUAUAAAUCAUGGAGUAAAUACAUCCCAAAAUACAUAAAACUCUAAAUUUUUAAAAAAGCAUUGUGAACAAAAACUUGAAGUUACUCCCAACUGUUCGGCCUGUAAUGGCCUUGCUUCCAAACUUUUGGCCUGUAGUGUAUGCCUGCUACCCCUAUACCAUUCUUUACAAGUCUUAUUAACAGUUAUAUUACAUCCAUUAUGUAAGAAUUUCUUAAAGCACUCUUUUAUCCAGAUACUUUUAUGUAGUAAGACCAGUUUGAAGAUGUUGAAACAUUACAUAACCCUUAUUUUCCUAACCUCAAACCCCCCCUCUACAAACACACACACACACACACACACACACACAACUCACAAACAGUGCAUGAGUGCAGACACACAAUCUCCGCCAGCGUAAUGAUGGGACUCUCUGAGAUUGUCUGCAUGACUGAGAGAGGAAAUUGACUAGAACUUGAGUCCUUGUGAUGGAGUGUAACAGAGUAUGUAAGAGUAUUCACACACAUGAAUCCGGUGUUACUUUGAAUGGGAUUUCUCAUGUUGGCUUUGUUGAGAGAGUCAGGCUGACUUAUGCGAUCACAUGUAAAUGUCGAGUGAUUGGCUUUGCUGAACUAAUCCAGCAGCAGACCCUUUAUUCCUCCUGAUGAAAAGCAUUGAUUUCCCUGAAUCCUACUCAUGGAUGCAAGCUCACACAGUGCAUGCUCGUCUCCUCCCUGCUCCUCUCGCAGCACGACGGCCAAAUCCACAGCAGCCAGGGGCAUGCUGCAAGACCCUCGAACUAAAUAUAUCUGGAGGGCAGGGACUGUGGGUUAUUCACAGUUAGACCAGGCCCUGGCAGUGAGACACAAUUUCUGUUCACACAGCGAAAAGGUGAGAAAAGGCCUGAAUAACAGAUUAGAAAAUGCCAAAAUUAGGGAGAACGAACCAGUAGAAGCAGUAGAACAGGAAUCAAGCACAAGCAGGUAAAUAAGAGAGGAGUAAAGGAGUGAUCCAUAGACAGAGGGGAAGGAAGUCUGACAGUCAUAGUAAUUAUAGAGAAAGACAGUCAUUUGUGUUUUCAGGGUGGACACUUAGAGGUUAAGUGUCAAUUGCUCAUCAUUUAUUCUAAAUCUGGGAUAGAGGACAACUGAGGAAAAUUCAAAACUACCACUGCAUCUGUGAGUCACUGAGUCAGAGUUCAGUCAGCCGAUCAGCCUGCCCACUGAUAUAAGCAGCGACAUUUUAAGCAGCUGUGAUAGCACCCAGUCAACACAAUGUUGUCGCUUCAGAACCUACGUGAGCAUCUUUUUUUAGAGAGGAAAUUUUCUGACUCCAGGCGGAAUUUCUGCCUGUUUCAUCCAAUUAAUCAUUUAAUUAGCCCUUCAAUAUCAGCAGGAAGAUUUUCUGUCUUUUUUUUUUACAUUUUUUACAUUGGAUAUUCUCUCCCCCAGCCAUAAUAGUGCACAGCUGUCUACUUCCUUCCAAGCCCCAGUCCAGAAAUAAUAAAAAUUGCUUUUCUAUUUUCUGGGAUGUAUCAAAUAGUUUCAUUUCCUCUUGUGACCACGAUCAGACAGUAGCUCUUGAAAAUCCCUUCUUAAGCCUAGGGGGUUUACGGUUCCACCUCCUCAUUUGCCCUUGCACAAGAAUAUGUAAACAACACCCUCAUCUGGGGCCUCACCACAUCUCCUCAGUGACCCCCCACACUCCCCCUCAUUCAGGUUCUGUCUGGGGCAUCUCCAGCUCUGUGGUCCCAGUGAGUCGUGGAGGGCCCCUAUGAUGUUUGUUCACUUGUCAGAUGGCAUUUGACACGCUGUUUGGGAAGACAACAAAGCUGGCGUUAGGGGAAGGAGGUCAAAUGACCCGAAUGAGCAGGGAGGUCUGAUGAGGUGUAUCAAGGUGUGUUGGAUUGUUUUCACCGUAAAUGAAACCUUCAUGUUUUCCUCUAAUCUGUUUGGAAAGUUGUUAAUCUGGAAUUUGAGUCUUUGUCAGAUCUUUCUAGUAUUUGAGUGUUUGAACAGAACAAACCAGAUUUUUAAUGUCGGGGUCAUGGGAUAUAUUUUUAACAGUCAGAUUAUAGUAAUCCUCUUGGUUACAUGUGGAGGAGAGUAAACGGUGUAUGAACUGGUGGAUGGAUGAACAACAGACCAUGAGCCAGGAACGGUGAUUGAUGUUCCCUGUUUAUCCACCAACAACAGACAAAUGGCAGAGUUUGGCAGAAGUGCCCUCAAUGUUGACCUCACUGUUAAGAUUUAAACAUCAACCUUGCUGGAGUUUAAAGCAGUUUUCCCUCUAAUGAUAAUAAUACUACUACUAAUAAUAAUUUUGUCUCAUUUUUUAAGUUAUCUUGAGUCAGGACCUUUUCUCUGUUUGAGAAAAAACUGUUCACAGCCUCCUCCUACUCUCUCUACUGCAUGCUGAUGGACAACACUCAGGGAUUUUCUUUAGUGCACCUGGUCUGACGUUGCUUCAGCUGCCUUGUUUGCACCUAUCAGUGACGACUGACUUCAAGAACAACUCUCUAUUAAAAGCAACUCAGCUCCAGGAAACACUGUUAUAUGUUCUCCCAACAGAACAACAUGUAAAGUGACCAAACAAACUGGUUAUUGACAAUCUAAUUUGUUGUCAACCAAUUUUAAUUUUCAUUGUUGAUCCCAGCAAAACAUUUUCCUGUGCGUGUGCUCGCACAUGUUUGUAUGCCAAGUACUAAUUUGGUUUGAUCCUCUCUUAGGGCCCCCUUUCCCCAGAGCUACAAAAACAGCUAGGGGCCCUGAUGGCUGGUACUGACUCUAAACAAUAGCCUCAGUUCUAAUACGCUGGUCUGCUUGACUAGCUAAAAGUUUGUGUCAGUCAUGCACAGUCUGAUCUAGAUGCAUCGCAGACUAGUGAGAGUAUACAAUACCAACAUUUUGAAGCUAUAAACAGAGAGGUCUUAUUGAAACCUUCAGGUUGUCUUUAACUCUGUUUUCACCGAGACAGAGAAACAGGCAGCAGACCCUCAUACUGUCAUGCUGCACCUAUGUGGAAAUGACGCAGCAGGUGGGGUUUAAAACCAUGAUGUUGCCAAAGAUCUAUUUUAGCAGAUUAGAGUUCCCCCUGCUAGUGUUUAGUUCAGAGGAGAGGGACUGGAUGAAAUGACAGUCACCCCAAGUGGCCUCGGCUUACACAUGGACUGGUGAACUUAAUCAUUUGAAUCUGUUGCAUGUUCUUUGUUUUCAAUUCACGCUGUAUGUAGGUUAAGCCUCUUGUUGGGCGAUUAUUUAGGAAAUGAUUUUUUUCUUUUCUUAUUGCUGGGUCCAAAGCUCUCUGGUCCAUCGUGCGUUGUGGCCCCAGGGUUGUUAGUCAGAUGAAAGAGCUUCUCUGUUUGCUUUUUUUAUUAUAUAACAAUAAAAAAAGAGGCUUGUCAGCAGUACAACCUUUAAUCAAAGUCUUUUAGCUCAACUAUAUGAAUCAAUUUCAGUUUAUUAAGCCAAACAAUGAAAAUCUUCUUUCACAUCUCUUACGGCAUGAAGGGUCAGAGGUCAGGCUUUGUACUUGUGUCUGUUUGUACAACUGGACUAACCCCAUCCUGGGCUCAUGAUUCUUUAUAGCAGACUGCUGGACAGUGGCAACUGGCUAGCUGGUUGUCUUUGCUGCCUGUCAGUGGUUUUCUGGCUGCAGGCCUCUGCGCCACAAGUGGCUCCACUCCAACAAACUGGCAUUCCUGCUGCUGCAGACUCAAGCUUCAAGCCUUGUCCACAUUUAACACUCCCUAUGGGCCACACAUUAUAUAACGCCACCCACUGGUUCUCUGUAGUUGACCCCAACACACAGGGAUGCACACAGACAGAUGCAUAUGCAGACCUGUGCAUGGAGCUCUGUGCAUGAGGAUAAAAUAAAGAUCCAAACAUGAAAAGCUCCCUGCAACAGACCAGGCAAAGACAGACAGACAAAUACGUGAGUGAUUUGAAUAAUGUCAAAGCAAAAUUCUCUCUUCUUCAUUUUUUUCUGACAGCUUCUUGUUCAUUCAUGAACAGGAUUCAAAGGUGUGAAAAGUGGCUGAAAUUUUGGUGCUAAAGAAGCUUCACCCAUAAAUAUAAAUGCUCGUAGUUUGACAUGAUGUUGCCAAAACAGAAUGACAAUUUACACUUAUUAUUCACUAAUGACCAUCUCUGCAGUCUGUGUGAGAGAAGAGUUUGUACCACUGGUUUCCCAUUCAAGUCAAUAAGGUGUUAAAAAAAAAAACAGGGUGAAGCUGCACACCAGUGCCCAAACAAAAAAAGGUUGCUGUCACACUUCUGUGUAUUUAACACUUUCAGUGUGCUUUCAAUAAACAGAGAGUAAGGGAUGCACUUUUACACUCAGGGUGAAAAAGCUUUGACACAGCCAUAUUGUGCUCUGAUUUCAGGUAUUACUGUAGAUAUUUUUGUACCCUCUGGCAGUCCAUUUGUUGAGCUUCUCUAUACUUUCCCCCCUCCUGUUCAAUUAGAAGGCUAUACUACUCUAGAGCAAACAAGAUAUUCUUUCUCACUCUUGAGAGUAUUUCAAGGCUGCGCUGUUUCCUCUUCACAUACAAGCUGCAGCAGUUUCACCUCAAAUACCCUGACCUGCUCUUCUCUUAGACGUCUGUCCAGAUGGUUGGAGAGUGUGAGCCGGUGGAACAAAGCAGAUCAUUGGCUGGAAAGGGUUUAGGGCGGGGGCUGAGGGGGGUGGGGAGGGUCAGAGAGUAGCAGGCCAGCUGAGCACAAUGAGGUCACACUGCCAGGGACUCAGCGAGUAUAAAAAUACAGCCGUAGAGAUCUCAUUCCCUUUUCCGCAAGCAGCAAGUGAGAACACAUGGUAUGUGUGUUUGUGUGUGUAUGUGAGCAUGUUGUGCUUGAGUAAGCUUCAUUCUUGAAUGAGACAUCUGAAAAUUGUAGUGGUACAUAUAUUUUUAAGAAUAGCUAACUUCACUUAUGACUCAACAAAAUUACUUUUUUUUAAUCCACGCCUACUCUAGAAAUUAGAAGAUACCUUCGUCAUAAUUAUCUGAGCAUGUGCAAAUAUGUGUGUUCUUUGCAGUCUUGAAAAAUGAAGCAGAUUCAGAAAUGUGAGAAGUGCAGUUCCUGUUGUGUCAGAGACUUGAGGGAAAACCCCUUUAGAGUCCACAUAAGGAUGCAUUUCUACUGAUUCAGUCAUUUUGAUCAGACUAUUUUAAGUUAAAUAGAAAUGCAUAAGAAGGGGUGUGGCUUAUAUGAUUGAUAUGUGGGCUCAGAAAUGGUGUGUACCAGGAGAUUUAAGACCUGUGAUGUGAUGUGGGGAAACAAACUCAACGGUCCAUGGGCAUUCUCUGUCUGUCUCCUGGAUGUCUCCUUCUGUAUCUUCUAGUUAGAUGUUUUUAUUUCCUUGCUGUCUAGUUUAGCAGAGACUUGAAGGGAUAUUCCAGCCUAGUUUAAGUUACAGUCAAACACACUGUAACACUGAGCCCUGACGAGGCGAUCACCAAGUGCAGCGGAUCAUUUCCAUGAGGUAAUAAUCAUCAAAAUAAUCAUUUUGCACUGCAGACACGGUAGUUCUUCUGCCUUAAGGUCCUUUCACACUGGGAGUGUUUUUUUCGCACGAUCAUUUCGGACAUCAAUAUUUUUUUUCGACCCCAUAUCCUGUCAAUACAAGCGUUCACAUCAGCGAUGUUUUCCUGUCCUGCGAUACUGUGGCAUCUAUUUUUUCGGAUCACAUUCGAUUUUUCUAAAGUUUCGCAUACUGUGUGUCUACUUCUGACCAAUCAGAUUUCAUGUUGUUGCAACAUCAGAUUUACUGGUAUAUCCAACAUGGCCGACCGGCUUAUUGUUUACGUGUCGGAGAACAGAGUGCUUUUUGAUAAAAGACACAAACAUUACAAAGAUAAUGACCUGAAGGACGACUUGUGGAGAGUCAUAGCGUCAGAUUUCUGAUGUGACGAUGGUUUGUGUGCUUUGACAGUUUGCUAAAUAUCUUUGUUUUAACUUUCAUCUGUGCUAAGUAACUUUAGCUCGUAAGCUAACCUGCUCAGAUACAAUAUACCGUAUGUAUUUUCACUGUCUCAAACUCAAUCACGUUGCUGUCACAGCACCAACUCAGUACAUGCUAUCACGACAGACAGCCAUUUCAACACUAAUGUCUAAUCAGAACUGAAAAACAGUCAGUCUGGUGUUGUGUCUUUUGCGUCUUUUUUCCCCCGGAAAGUCGCAAAAUCGCAUCGCGCUUGAUGUAUAUAGUCAGGCGCUUCAAAAUUUGCCUCCAAGUAUUUCAUAAUUUCGCGUCGUAUAUUUGAGUUGUUGUUGUGUGUAAGGACCUUGAGCGUCAUAAAUGUUCUUCCUUGAGCUGGGAAUCUCUGCUGCAUUUAAUGAUCGACUCGUCAGGGUUCCCCCCAUGAACAAGCAGCUGCUGGAGGAGAGUGGGUGAGUUAUGUUUGGUCUCUUUGCUAAAAAACCAGGCAAAGCUAAAAAGAUGUUUGAUGGCUAGUACUAUGGCUGGGACCCUAUAUGUACUUUUGAUGAAGAUAGGUGCUGUUCUGAGCAUUACUUGUGGCUUUAGAGUGGCUUUUUGGUUGAGGUUUGCACAUGAAGACGUCGGAAUAUUGUUUAAACUAAGAGUUGUAUUAGUUGCUUUAUCUACCAAAUGAGUGUCCCUGAGAGUAUUGGCCUGAUUUCCCUGAAUCUUCCUGGGUCUGUAGAUGUUGGUAAAAACACAGACAAAUAUAAGCCACAGGAACCAUUUAGUUAUUGGAAGAGAAGCUCAUGGAACUAAAGGUUGCUGGUACUAAUGGAUAGAGACGCACUGCACGUCAACCAUUUACACCCUGAUAUGAUGAAGUUAUUUUCCAAGAUAAAAAGCGUGAUCUUAUUUCUGGGAAAUUAUAAUAUCAAAUUUUCUUUAAAAGAUGAAUAGGAGAUCUAGCUGUGGACAAACUUCAGCUUUUUUGUGAUGAUAUGGGCCUGUGGGAAAUUAAGUAGAAAGUGGUGAAGGAAAGAGCUGAUAGUGUCAAAAUACGAGAGAAUCCAUAUUCUUGUAAUUUAACUCAAAAUAUGAAGUUGUGGGCAUGCUAAGGCUUGAAAGUGCAUUACAAAAGGUGAUUACUGUCAACCUCUUAUCUCUAUAUCAAGCCGUGGGAGUCUGAUGCAGGCAGUCAUUGGUCUUUUUUAGGGGGCGUGUUGAGCAUAACCAGAGGGAGUUUAAUCCUGUUACAUAAUGCCACUCACUAAUAUUUUAAUGUUGCAUCCAUGAGAACCACAUAUAACCUCAUAUCAUGCAGGCCUACAUGUCUCAUAGAUUCCCCUUAACCACGCUAAGCUUGUGCUGGAGCCCCUCGGUAUGAAGCUGCCUAAAAAAGGAGAACAGCCUGCUGAAUAACUUGACCUGCAACAUGGAGCAGAGUCAUAACCAGUGGAGGCAUAAACCAGGCAGUGACACACAUUGUUAUUUUCCAGGCCUGAUGGCAGAGUCCAGUAGGGUGCUGUCACCUGCAGUAUAUUAUGACUCCCUGAUUGAUUCCUCUUCAUACUGACUGCUGCUCCAUCACUCAGCCUGCAGGCAGCUGUGCUAACUCUCAGCACCAGCCACAGUCACAGGAAUAACAGAUUGGCUGCUGAGUUGCCUUCCUACCAUCAACCUUUACUCUUAAACCAAACUAGAUUACUGCCCUGUGUUAGCGGUGGGAGAAAAAAUCGAUACAGCAGAGAAUCGCGCUAUUUUGUUUGUUGAUAUAUCGUAUCAUCUCAUUUACCAAGUAUCGAUUUUUUUUUUGUUAGUUACUAAUAUGAAGUCAAAUCUAUAAUGAUGGAAAAAUAAAAUAAACUGUUUGUCCAGUGAGGUUGGCAGAGGUGACAUCAUAGAGCAGGAGAAAGUUAGAACAACAAAUAAAUAUAAGGUUUGCAAGAUGUGAUAGACGAAAUAGAACAAAGUGUCCAAACAUAAAGGAAAGACAAAUGCUAAAUUAGCUAAACAGUUUAAAAACAUUGUAUAACCGCAAUAUAUUGUAUCGCAAUACUCAAUGUAUUGCAAACCGUGAAAAUCACUAAAAUAUUGUAUCUUGGCCCAGGUAUUGUGAUAAUAUCGUAUCGUGGGGCCAGUAGUGAUUCCCACCCCUACCCUGUGUGUGUAAAGGAUAAACCAGGCCAACAAAUGAUUGUGCAUCCGUUUUGGUCCUUUAAACAGCAUCUGGUGAUUAUUUAAAGAUGUCUAAAAUCAGUUCUUUGUAGUGAUUCUGCAUGCAUGCAAAAAAAUCCACAGGAGUCAUAGUGUUAGUUCAUUAGCCAAUGUCCAUGCAUACACUACUGCAAGCAGAUAUGACAUUAUGCUUCAUUUAUUCAACCCUGUAUUUUCUAGUUAGUACACACAGCAUGUCCAUGCUCAGCAGGCGUCCUUCAAAGUACAGAAAAUACUCAGUUCUUAAGGGUGUUAGGACUGACAGAUGUUUGCCACUGUGUUGACAUUACCUACACAAUAGCCCACUCACAGACUGCUGACCAGCUCUAUGAACAUGGCACAAUAACGCCUGCAGGAGACAAUCUUCUUCUUUUAUUUGUAGUGGGUCAUCAUCACAGCUAGACCACAAAGAGUAUCCUCAGUCUCUGCCGCAGCGCUGUAGGAAAGCUGCUUCCUGAGGGCAUGUGCAGGCUCUUUUUUCCUCUCGACACAAUUACAUUUGGUCUGUCAGUGUGAAGUGUGUUUCUGUGUGUCUCUGUGUGUCUGAGGGUGCGAAACAAAGGGCAACAUCUCAGCUCUGUAGAAGUGACCGUGUCCUCUGUAGAUGACCCCUGUGAUAACAGGAGACUCCUCUACCACCUGUCAUGACAAACUGACUGAUGUGUGUGUGAGUUCAACUCAUCUAGAGUUGAAUAUACCUUCCUGUGAUACUCGGACAAGUCAUCAGUAAAGAACCUGGGGUCAUAGGGUAUUUCAGGUUUUUAAUCACUAUACACCCUCAACUAAGCGACCCAGCCAGAAGAGAUCAGUCUCCGGCUGUGUCCAAGUGGCGUGAUAUUCUACGGUUCCCCCUUACGGACCCACAGCCACCUCUAGGUCCACCCGGCAACCUCAAGAGUGUUCUUGAUGGUUCUCCUAGAUUGCAGUCCUUUCACUUUGAGUGUUCGCAGUAGUGAAUGUACAGUAAAGACUCGGCACCUGACCUCCUCACAGCAGGCUUUCCAGCCAUUACUCCAGCUCUCUGUUAUGAGCUCUGUGUAUUUUGACAUCUUUUGUUCAUUAGCUUUGUCUAUUUGGUCCUGUCAGAGGACGAUCAGCUCCAGGAGAACCACUUCCUUGGUGGAGUCUGAAGUUAGCAACACAUCUGGGCGAAUAGAAGUGGUUGUGAUUAGGGUUGUAAAGGGGCGGAAAGUUCUGGUAAAUUUCCGGCCAACCUUCAAUUUUGUAAAUUUCUAAAAUAUUUUCCCGUUUAUUCCCAUAUAUCCCCGUGAAUUCCCAUAUAUUCCCGAUAAAUUCCCAUGAAAAGUUUCCAACUUUGAAAAUUACUAGAAUUUUGCAAGCUGUGAUGUAGAAAUUGAGCUGUUUUCUAAGGUUGACUUGAAGCUGCCAGUAAGGAGCGGUGGUGAGAAGCCCCCUGUAAAACUGGGCUGAUGGCGAUGUGUCUUUGGUCCCGAUCUAAUGACGGAGGCAGUCUGGAUCUUGCUGUGCUGGAUUGCUAUGCAGAUGAAGUCCGCCCAAGAUCUUGAUUAUGGCGUCAGCAGUACUGCCCCUCUCCUGGCGCUUUCGGGCAGCAGCUCAAGAUAUGUUUCAGGCUGCCCCUCCUCUGGUACAGCUUGCACUGUGGAGAAUCUUGGGCCCCAGGUUGGCUGGGCUCAGGAGGAAGAUGUGAACUGAUUGGAGAAACUUGAUGUGUGAUGGCUGAGCUUUUCAAAGCUCUGCCCAGGUGAUCUUAAAGGAUUCUGCAUGCUCCCACCGAGUCCAUGCCCCUUGCUUAGACAUCUGGAAGCAUUGUUUUUCCUCAACUCCACUCAAAUCUCGUCCUGAACCAGUUAAUGCUUCUCCUUUCUCCGGGCCAGGUUGUAAGAAGAGAAAUCUAAGAUUAUUAUUGUUCAGUCUUUUUAUCAAAUAAACAAAUGAACCAUAUAAAGACUGAGCAAUUAUUUAAAAAGUUUGGCUUUUUGAAAUAAUGGACAUAUUAAAGCCCCUAUGAGGAGGUUAUUUUUGUUGAUUAUAAAACAAACUGAAACUAAUGUUGAUGCCUCUUUGUGGCCUAGGAAAGCAAACCAGAUCAUCACAACAAAGACUCAUUGCAUUUAUUUAGCUAUUUUUAAAGUCUAAAACCUCUGCUGGUGGGUAGGUGUUUAACAAAAUGACUUGCAUCUGCAGAAAAACUUUCUCUGUUUACAUUUUUUAAUAGCUGAGAUUCACAUAGAUUUACACAAUUGUCUGUAAAAACAGCAAAAUGAGUUUUUUUGUGUCAGAAAAUACUGCCUUUGCUUGUAAAGGUCAGAAUGAGGAAAGGGAUUAUCAUGAUGUUAAGCAACAUAUCUAUAAAGACAUAUCAAUAUUUUGUAGGCUAGCUUCUCUGACUAAAAACUGGUAACAUGGUGUGGUUUGGUUUCACUUCGGGAUAACUUCACUUGAGUUAGAACUAGGGCUGGGCGAUAAAACAAUAACGAUAUCAAGAAAUGAUUUCCCUCAAUAUCAAUAUAAAACAUGGUAAAUAUAAUUUUUUGAUUGUCUGUAUUCUGCCAUGUUUUGGUAGACUAUACGAUUAGACAAUGAAAAGGGGAGUGGCUCUGGGUCCGCGCUGAACCAAUCAUGUGCUGAUUUAGAAACAAGUAGCAAACAACUGCAUAGUAACAGGCUGCAACUACACGCAACCAUAGCACUUUGACACGUGAAGCCGACAGCACUGUCGAUGAGAAAAAGAAAAUAAGUGCUACCACUGGAAGAAAUGCAGAUGAAGGCUCAAACAGAUAAUGACAUUGUCAACAACGACAACACUGGCACGAAAACGUCGGUGGUGUGAAGGUAUUUUGAUUUUUUGAGGUCGGACAUAAAGCAGAGUAAUCUGCACUGCAAAUAAUGUUGAGUACAUGUUCCCUCAAAGUCAGGGAAUACCUCAAAUCUUUUUCACCACCUGUAAUCAGUGCCACGCGGCAGAGCAUGCGCAAUGCAAAAGGCUACGAACCCUGAGCGGAGCAAGGAGCCCCUGGUGCCUGUGCAGCUGAAACAGCCACAGAAGAGACACAAAGACCUUACCAAUGCAGUUUCUUAUUGUAUUGCAAAAGACAUGCUACCAAUAAAUGUUGUUAAAAAAAAAAAUUAUAUCGAUAUUUAUUUUAAUAUCGACUGAAAUGAAAAAAUAUAUCAUGAUAAACCUCAGGGGGCGCCAGAAUCAACACAUAGUGAAAAUUCCCUACAGGAACUUUAAACAAAGGAGUAGCUCUAGUUUACGUCUGACUGCUUCACUUGUGCACAUUAAUAUCAAUGAUCUGUAUCUGCAGACAAAGUCCUGGUUAUUUUUAGUCUUUCUAUCAAUAACAGCUCAAAAUUAGCUCAUGUGAGAAUUGAAUGAUGACUGCGAUAUUCCUCGCCUGUUGCAUGAAGAUGCAACAACAUGAGUUGACAAUGUGGCUCUUUGUGAGCGCCUGCAGGGGAAACAUGUUUGACUCAGAGGAUGAUUUGUAGCCUCAAAUUUGUUCUUCUCUUUAGUGUUAAUUCAGUUUUUGUAGCUGUAUUUAAUUAAAGCUUUUCCACGUUCAAAUGUGAGACACUACACAAAGCAUGUGUCAACACUUCCUCACACUGCACGUACACACACACACACACACACACACACUCUCACACUCUCUCAAGCACAUCAUGGAGCUAAUAAGUGAUCUUCGUCAUGUUGACAGCGUGAUAGGAUGUUGGUUGGAGCACAGCAGCAGGACCUCAGGGCAGGUCGGACAGCACAAAGACGCUCUUGUAGCAGUCUGUCCCACCCUUUGACUUGCUGGUACUUUGGCUUGUCAUGCGCUCCCCUGUGACAGUCUCCCGUGUCUUCUUCAUGUAUCAUUACUUGACUCCUUGUGUUCGAUGUGAAUAAAGAGUUGUAUUCCCCUCAUCAGACUCCCUGAUGCCUUCUGAAAGUCGACAUCACUGUGGAGUUCGAACGGUCAGGUAAUGAGUCUGGAGAUGAUCCUUGUAACGACUGAGCAUCUGCUGUCCUUUGGCUGAAAAAAGCUACUUUGGCAAGCCUGUGGUGAAGACUGGUUGGCCAGAUCUGCGCUGGGUGAUGUAAUGAGGACAUUUGGUCUGGAGGGGAUUAUGGGUCAUGUCCCGACUGCUGCUCCUCACCCCGGGGCAUCUACAAGUUUGAUUGUCAAAAGCCAUGUUCUGCUUUGACCCCUGACCGGUUCACUAUCAUCCUUUUUUUCAGAAAUUGUUCCUCUGUUGACACAUUUUUCUCUGGGUCAGGUUUGACAGGCCUCUCAUGUGUUUGGUUUCUCAUUUUGUAAUAUUCCUGAAUGAGCAACAUUUGCUGUAAAACAUGCAGCCAUGUACACUGGAUGUUUGAGGAAGUAAGCUUUGAGUGUAAUCUUACACUCAGCAAAUUUGCUUUGAUUUUAUUUAUAAAUGCUGGCACGGGGUGAUAUGACAAUGCGGGAGAACAUUUGUAACAGUAGGGCUGAAUAAGGGGCAGAAACGCUGUUUACGUAGACCCCCUGUAUCAGACAAAUCAGGUCAUGUGAUAAUUAUCCAGGGUUCCUUCUGCUGGUAAUACCCUGCAGAGGGUGGCACCAAGAAUCAAAAUAGUCGUUUGUUCAAUUUUCAGGACUUCUGUUCAAAAUAAAGAAUUCAAGCUAUAAACUUAAAAGCCCUAAUCAUGACCAAUCAGAGUAUCUUUAAGCUUCAGGCGCAAAGCUUUUAUUUAUUACUUAUCAAUUAAGAUAAAGAUAAUUAAUUAAGAUAUAUCUUCUACUUCUUUUGUAGAUAAAGUGGGUAUAAUUCAUCUUUAUACAGUGUACAGCAGACCAUGUUUAACUCAGGCCUAACUCAUUUAUUCUUUAGUUCACUGUAAAAGGCAAAAUGACAGACUCCAUUAUAAAAGUGAAUGGGGAUGAGAGGUCAGCGGGGACAGGUCAUUCUGCAGAAAGCCGCAGGUGAGUGAACUUUUACUGAUGCAACCUGUGUUGACAGGAUUAUGAAAUAAUACUCUUUAAUCGUGGCACACUGAAGUUCAGUUUUUUAUUCUCUGUCUGGCUGCUAUUUAGUCUCUGCUAAAGGUGAGGGUCCCAUCCACUGUCAACAAACAGAAGUGAGAACUGCAGGAAGAAACGGAGUCACUGGGUUGAUUUUUAACCACGGCUGCAAGAUGAUUUUAGUUUCAUCCUGAUUGAAGUAGGGGCAUUCUCAAUUAAAACAGGGUAUAAAUUAACUGCAGUCAAGUAAAAUAUGUGUUUUAUGUCAUUUUAAUAAUAACAUAAAAUAAAUAAAGUUAGCAUAACAAAUAUAUAAGGUUUUCAAGAUGUGCUACAUGAAAGUAAAAUACUGUGUAAAUAAGACAAACAUAAAGGUAAGACAAAUGCUAAAUUAGCUAAACAGUUGAAGAAAUUCUAUAAAUCCCAAUAUAUUAUAUCUCAAUACUCACUGUAUUGCGAAAUGUUAAUCGUGGCCCAAGUAUCGUGAUAAUAUUGUAUCUUGGACCAAGUGUCGUGAUAAUAUCGUAUUUUGGACAACGUAUCAUGAUAAUAUCAUAUCGUCGCCCAAGUAUCGUGAUAAUAUCGUAUCAUGGCCCAAGUAUCAUGAUAAUACCGUAUUGUGGGGCCACUGGUGAUUCCCACCCCUACUGUCUAUGUAAGCAUACCUGAUGGAUGGGAUGGUUGUCAUGCUUUAAUGUUAUUUUAAUGCUGCCAGAUGAAGAUCAAACAAGCCAGUAGAUCAACUGAUGAUUAUUUUAAAUGCACUUUUAAACACUCCUUUAUUUAUCCCACUUUUUGCUAUCAUCCCAAUAUUAAACUAAGUAAUUGCACACCUGUAUUUUUAUCGUCAGUCUGACCUACAGAACAUGAAACACAACAGAGUGUAUGAUUGCAAACCUUUCCACCUGAUGGCGAUUGGCUUUUGGAAGACUGUAAGUUGUUAGUGGACUAUCUUCACUCUAAGGCGUGAUACUUUAUGAAAUAUGAGCAUGAAAUAUUAAGAUUUCAGAAAAAGUAAAUAUGCAUAGCAUGAUCAAAAAGCUUAUUUAAUUAUUGGUUCAAUCAAUCCUAGCUUCCCAAAAUCCCUUGAACAGGUUCAUUUAUAUUGAGGGUGUACUUCAAAGUGCAGCUCUGUAGACUUUUACUGAAAUCAAGACAUAAACUGCCUCAUAAACUGCCUACUGUAGCAGAUUUAUCUUUACAAGUAUGAAUGAAGUAACAGUGUUUAUCAUGUCUACAAAGUUAUUUCAUAAAGCCAACACAUUUAGAGUUUGUACAUUUAGAGUUUUAACUGGAUGGGCAUGGACUGACCUCGUCAAAAGGGCAAAAGAUGGCUGUGAAUGGUGCCGUUUUUUCUCUCUUUUUUUUUUUAAACAGGAAGUGUUCAUGUUGAUGAAUGGCAGUUUCUCCUCAGAGGAAAGAGUGGGUGAAAGGAGUUUGUGUGUAAUUGCCUUUGUUUAUGUCUGAACCGACUGCACACAUAUACCCUGGGUAAUCACAACAUCACUCAGUUGGGCUUUUGAAAACUUUCUCUUUACAGCCAAAUCUUUGAGUACAACAAAGUCUCAACUGAUGAUACAACCUGUAUGGCUUAUCAAAGAUUGAUGGCAGUGCUGUUUCUAUUGCCUGGAUGGUUGCAGUUGUAAUUUAUUGUGCACUGCCUCACAAGGGAAGAUAAUUGGAACAAAUCGGUGAGCAGAGGAGGAUGUCUGCUGUUUGGUCUCCUUUCACACAAGCACACUUACCUAGAAUCUCUCCUUGUUUACAAGCUCAUGGUGUUCUGAAUUCUCCAUGUGUUUGGCAGAACACACCAGAGAGGACUUGGCUAUUAAAACCCAUGUGAUUCCUUUUUGUUAAAACCUCCUAAUAUAGAGAACAAGGGUUUCUUCUUUCUCUUCUCCAUUGAGAGCUGAUUGAGUCAGACUCGCUUUGAAGUUCUCGUCUGUUUUGGACUCUAUUUGCUGCAGGAACUGAAGAGUAUUACCAGAUGCUGUGAUUGGCACGGGUACAUGAUAUAUGUGCUGUUUUGAAAGUUUCUGUGAAUCUGUAUCACAGUCUAGAAAAACAUGUGGACAUAAGCCAUGUAGGACUCCUCUGUGAGAAAGAAGAGAAAAAAAAUACACAAUCUCCAGCAGUUGUGAAAUCCGCCGUUCUGAGGUUUCAAGAACAGCAGCAACAAGUUAACCACUGGAAAUGAAAUCUGAGUUGCUUCUUGUACGUACAAAUCCAAAGAGGGAGACAGACUGACUGACUGACAACAACCCCAAAUCAGUUCUGAGUCUACUAAACGCUGUAGAUCUCCAGGGUUGUUUUUGAACAGGAUUUAAACCCCCUAAUACACCAGCUGCUAUUUAGUUCAUGAUUUGUUCUCGUCUUGAUAAGGCUGAACUUUGUAUGGCACAAUUUAAAGCUCAAUGAAAUAAUGAGCACUCUCAUUCUCAGUAGCUUUUGAGUCCAAGAAGGAGCACAUGAGGACGGGCUGGUACCGGUAGAAAGAGUACCGUGCAGAAACGGGUCAGGACAAGGUUCUGAUUUGUUUGUUUUGGCAGAUGUGUAAUGCUAGCUGGAUGUCUUAUUUCAGAUUUCUCUUCCUGCUUUUAUCAACUCAUAUUUAAAACAUGAUUCUGCUCAGUGGGUACAGAUACAACAAUCCGGUGUACUCUUGCUUCUGCUCUCGACAAUGUUGCAUGAAGGUGAAGGAAAGACUUAUUUUGCUCAAGUUGAAGGUGUGUGCGUUGCGAACACUGGCAGCCAACGCUGAUUCAUUCAUUUAAUAUGUGUCUGGUGUUACCAUGGUGUUGAAUCCGUUUAGCUGCAGCAUUUAGCAUAGGAGUGUGUGUCUGAGAGAGGAAGAGAGAAGGCAGAGAGAGGCAGGAAAAAAAAAAAAUCUAUUGGCAGUGCUGAAAGCAGUAAAUUCAAAUCGAACGAUACAUAAAGUAUGAGCAUGAGACGGCUUUGGAGAUAGAUCCAAGGUCUUUCUUCUUCAGUCAGUAUAAAUGGCUAUAAAGAUAAAAGAGAAGAGCCACAUAUGAUCGUUGAAGGGUUAAACAAGGUGAAACGGACCUUGGUUAACCCUUCAAGUGUCUAUAUGAGUGGGUGUGGGGAGUGGACAAAAAGCAAGGAACACAAGUAUACAAUCACACCACCUCAAAGCAAGGUCAAUAAAAUAAUGACAGAGCAGAGUCUGCUGUCUAGCAUAUAUUAUACUUUGUUGUAAUUAGGGCUGGAAAGUCCUAGUCGACUGGUGGACUUGGGGCCAAUGAGAGUAAGACUUUUCCCGGAGAAAGUCCCGCCUUCUUCGCCUCUGAUUUGCAAGAAAAGCUGGAAACAUCCUCACACGCUCAAGCCAAACAGUCAGCCAAUCUAAAGCGAUAAGAUAAGCACAUGAAACUAUGGUAACAACCGUUAGCUUACGUUAGCACAGAUGAAAGUUAAAACAAAAGUGUUUAGCAAACUGUUAAAGCACACAAACUAUUGUCAUAUGAGAGAUCUGACGCUAUGUUGUCCUUCAGGUCGUUAUCUUUGUAAUGUUUGUCUUUUAUCAUAAAGCACUCUGUUCUCAGACAUGUAAACAAUCAGGUGGUCGGCCAUGUUGGAUAUACCGGUGAAUCAGACGUCACAACAACACGCUAUCUGAUUGGUCAGAAGUGGACACACAGUAUGCGAAACUUAAGAAAAAUCGACCAUGAGCCGACCAUGAGUUCGAAAAAAAAAUACUGAUGUCUGAAAUAAUCGCACGACAAAAACGGUCCCGGUGUGAAAGGACCUUUACAGUCUAUGCUUAGUUUUAUUAGGAGGAAUGUACCCAGUGCUAAUGUUUUCAGAGCACCCCCAUUUCAAAGGUAACAGCCUGUCUCAGACCCCCCCUUUUAGGAUGACCUAAAGAUAAUUUGUUUAUCCAGCUGAUAAUAGCUUAAUAGCCUUCUCUGAAGAACCAUGACUCUGUUACUGUAAACCAAGCUUUUGCUGUUACAGAGAAAUACAUUAGUGAGUAAUGAUAAGAGUCCCAUAAUGGAGAAGAUAACGAAUAAACAGAUAAAAUAAAGCUUUUGCAGAAACAAUCAAAAACAGAUUGUUUCUUUUGUUCAGUCACCACUUCAAUAAUGAGAAUUAUAUGUUGAUUUGAGUCCAAACAGCGUUGGGCAUGUCUGUAUUUUGGUUUGAAAUGUGGGUUUCAUCUGAAGCUUGUAUCACUCUGGUAGCAGAGCAUGCUGACUUGUUGAAGAUGACAUUUAGCCUUACCAUUCCCUCACGAUUCAAAAACAAAAACAGUGCUUUAAUAGAUUAAAGAUUUGACUUGCAGAUAAAACCUUUUGAAGAGAACUUUAAAAGAUCGAGAGAUUAAAUUUGACAAAAAGCAGGACAGGGCAUCAAGAUCGGAGCAGUCAGGACAGACCCAGGCAGUAAAAUAAAGUCCAGAGACUUCUCCCAGCAUGUGUGAUCCGGCUGUUCUGCCUCCUCAGUGUCCAACCAGCAAUGAGAGAUGCCACAAGCAUGAUAGGCUCGACUUAAGAGCAGACAGCCAGGCUGUAGAUCAAAGCUGCCGUGACACUUUUAUACGGUCUAAUCUGGUCAAAAUGUCACUGUCUCUGAAAAAGAAGAGUGAAAGGAAAGAAAACAGUUUCUCUCUAUCGUGAAGUUUGACAAGGAUCAGGGUUUUUUAGUAGGACAUUUAAGUUUAUUGACCCUAAAAAACAGAGACAAAAACACAAGACUUACAGGCUCUGAAGUUUUGUCUACAAGAUUUGUUGUGCAGUAAAACUGGUGUUUUGUGGUUGCUAUGCAAACUGACAAAAGCAACAGAAGUAUACUUAGAAAAUGAGAAGGACUGCCACCUUUUCAUUUUCUCUCUCUUGUCAAAUCUGCUGUCCAAAAAAAACAAUAAUGCAACAUUUACUUUAGUAAAUAAACUUUAGUACUUUAGUCUAAGAUUCAGGCAAGUUUAGCGAGUGACUAAAGCAGCCUCUCUGCUGGCCUCAAUUACAGAUGAGGAACAAAUGUAGUGGUCUGUAAAUUCCCAUAGUGCAUCAUAUUUUUUAAAGAGAUUUUGCUCAGUUUAGCUUGAGAGGCAUUUUUUUAAAACUCUGAGCAGCUCUGGAGACCAUUUUAUAUAAAAAAACAUUGUUACUGUUUUCUAUUAGAAAACAGAUUACAUACAUUUCGAGGAAAAGGAGCUCUAGUGACCGACUGUACUAUCUGGACACUAACGUGGAGAUAAUACAGUAGGUCAAUAGAGCAAAUACCAACAGUAGCUGUCCAAUUCCAUCUUCAGAUAUGUGAUAAGCUGGGAGGGGACUGAGUAGCUCUUCUUCCUGGAAGCCCAAACUUGAGAAAUACGGUGAUACCAGCCUCAGUUCUUGUAACACAGCUUUCUUCUGGAGCAGUAGGUCAUACAGAUAAGGGUUAUUUACAUAAAAAAGGGGGCACUUUCAAUGUAAUGUAUGCUUCAUGGCUGAUUUAAAUAUGCACAGACAACAGCGCAGCAAUGGGAGCUUCUUGCUCUGGAGGGGGGGGAUCUGCAGCAGAUGUUUCUGAGGAUUUUGCAGCCACUAAUGCGCUGCUCUUCUUUUAUAGAUUUGUGGGUCACAGUGCAAUGCUUUCUAUGUUUUGUCUGAUUACAGCAACAGUUGAUCUGGCCAUACUGUUGGCUCUGUAACGGCCAUCCUGUCUUAUCAUCCGUCAGCUACCUUAUUUCUCACUAUGUUUCGAGAAAAAGUUCUUCAGGGAAUUCAACAUCACGGCAAUUAAAACAACCGAUAGCAGAAAGCCGAGGGAGGUGGUGAUGAACAGUAGUUUGUUUUGAUAUUCGCCCGCAGAUGUCUUUUUUUGAUUAUUGUUACAAGAUUGAAUCGAAUCAUCUGUGAAGCAGCUUGAACUGUGGCUCUCUUCCUUUGUAGAAACUACAAAAGUCAUUGUGUUGUCAUGCCCACCACAAAUGGAGUAAUGUCAUAUCUGAAAAGCGGACUCUCCCUUUCAGCUGCUCUUAUUUUUCAUUAAUGCUGGUCCAAGUGAAAAAGAGAGAGAGCUUCCUCAGAAGCACCCAAGUUGACUCACUUCCUCCUUUUGCUUUCUCUCUCUCUCUGUCUCGCUGCUUGUCUCAGGUUUGUGGUGCUCCUCUCUAGCGUUUCCUGCUGUUACAUGGUAACGCACAGCUGAAAGCAAGAGGUAAGCUGAAGAUUCUUUCUGUUUUGUUUUGUUUUAUUUUAAGUCCGCAGUCAGGCUGUCAAGUUGGAAGUUAAAUAGGUUUCUUUUUCUUGUAAGGGGAGGAGGGACUUACCAAUAAAAAAAAAAGAAACCCUGGUAAAUUUUCAGUUUUAAUUCAGGGUCAUGGCGGUACAUGUGGAUGUUGUGGUUAGAUUAAAAGUGCAGGCAUGUCAAACUUGAGCUGCAGGUGAGAACUGAGGUGCUGAUGGGGGUCAAACAUCUUUAAGAUCUGAUAUACAGACAGACAGACAGACAGAGUUUUGAAACUCACCCAUCUUGCUGCGCAACAAACUACACAGUUUGAAGCCGAAGCACCAGGUGUGCUCUGUGCACUUUGAUGCAUGUUGGUUAAAUGCAGGAUGGUACAGAAAGACACUGCUGCUGCACCCACAAUGAGUGUCACAGAGAAAAGGGAGGUAUAAAAGGUCUCUUCCUGUACAGCUCCUCCUCCAAUCAGCUGAUAGUACAAGUGCUGAUGCUUGCUGCUGAUGCCCUCAGAGAUAAAACUUGUGCACAGCAGUCGUUUGUCGGGGAUUUAACUGUAUUUAAAGAAUCUGCUGAGUAUAAGCCCUCAGUUAUACACAGAGUAAAGAAAAAAAAGAGCUGUAUUUCAAACUGAAUAACAGUCUAUUAUAAGGUUGAUUCAGUUUACAGUUUGUGAGUUGUCUGCUAUCAUACAACAGAUAAGACACAGUCUUGUGCUGAAACUUUUUAAGUCCGUUAAAAAGACAGUCAAUAGUGUGAUCUCAGCACUCUGAAGCCGCCCGUCAUGAUCCAUUAAUCAGAGUAACUCCAGUGAGAUGCUAAGUUUCUGAGAGCAGUAUUAGCAGUAUAGGUCUAGAAUGGUCUAGACCUGCUCUUUUUCUUUGGAAAGCGUCUGGGGAUGACAACUGUUGUGAAUUGGCACUGUAUUUAAAAUUUGAUUGAUUGGUUGAGUAUUUUAUCAUAGCUGCAAAAAUGCUGCUGAUUCUGAUAUCUGUCAGCCUGUGAAUAAAAACACAGCAAACAAAAGUAGGGAUGCACCGAUCUGAUAUUUGGAUCAGAUAUCUGCUCCGAUAUUGGCAAAUUAACUGGAUCAGAUAUCUGCUGAAUGACGCCAAUCCAGCGUUCCGAUCCAGUCUUUUUUUUCUUUUAAUUAAUACCAUACACAGCAACACAGCGAUUCUGUUCACACUAUAUUCCAUGUCUGUCUAUUCUUCUGCACUAAAUGUUUAUAUGGAAGUCUUACUUCUUUUUGCUGUGUGCUAAUGUGCAAUUUGUUAUUUGUUAAAAAGUAAUACUAAGUAAAUUUAUAUCUGUGUUAAUUUGUUACCUUUUUUUUAACAUGGCUAAUGUAAAGCCUGAUACCUUCACUCACAGGGCAAGGUAUACAGUUCAUUCAUUCAUUCAACAGUAGUAUUGGAUCGGAAUUGGACAUAAGCCAAUAUGCUCAGACCAGGUAUCGGUAUCGGAUUGGAUCGGAAAAAAAUGGAUCGGCGCAUCUCUAAACAAAAGUUUCUGAGUUGAAGGUUGAAGUUCAGGACACAAUAUGAAUGCAGGAGCACGAGCAUAGGCUGACAGGAUCAUCCGUCCCUGUUCAUCUCAGUGUGCAUGCAUAUAGGUGCAGGAAUAAUACAUAAUUGAUAUCAUCAGGACACACACCUUUAUUUGCUGUACCUGAUGAUCAGAUGAGAGGUGAACUCUUUUAUCAGACAAGUUUAAGCUGCAGUGCCGUCUUGCAAGGUAUAAAUAGUUGAAGUGAAAAACCUUUCUUUCACUUCAGCAACAUUAGCAUGUAACAUGCACUGUUGGCCUUUUUACUCUGUAUAUAUAUGAUACAAACAAAGGACAGAAAUAGAGGGAGAAAGUGAAAGAGAGAGAAAAGAUAGAUGUAGUUGAUCAAGCUUUUUACUGCUUCUGUCUUUUCUGUGUGUGUAUUUGUGGGUCUGUCACUUGCAAUUACGUAUACAAUGAUGCACAGGAGAUGCACACAUGCAGAGCCACUGACGAGCAACUCUACACACACACACACACACACACAGUCACACAUACAAAUACCACAAACUUCCCGCGUACUCAUAACGCUCAGUCUUUUACUGACAGUGACUGUGCCACUUUUGAGAAAGGUUGAGGGGGUGUGUUGACUGGAAAACAAGCAUCAGUGUCCCUCAAUGUGGAGCUGUUGGCUCAACAGAGGAUCCUGUUAAAGCCUUCGACAUGUUCAGAGUAAAGACACACAACCAGCUCGACCACUAUGGCUCCGGGCUGCAGCUGUAAAGAGAAACCAGAAACAUCUGUAGGUUAUAUUUGGAGGUUUUCUUCUUGCUGAGAAAUACUGUCUGAGCUGAGGGGGGUUUCAUUACAUCGUGGAUUCAGAUAAUGCAACGUGGAUUUUUGUUUAAUUUGUCUUUAUAGUGAACCUUGGAGCCAGAUUUUAAAUUGUGUAUUAGUUUUUUUCCUAUUAGAUUUAUCUUCAUUUAGCUGGGAUUUUGUCUUCCAAAGUUCUGGAAACAACUUGGCUUUUCAGCACACUAAAUGCACUCAAAAACAAAACAUGAGAAGAAAGACAAAUAUGGAAGCGCACACUCUACCUUGAGUCAGGCAUUAUGCAAAGCAGCAGCAGCACUUGUCCUUCAGGGCAGUUUGUCAAAGACGUGCAGUUCACAGCUUCACAAAACCCAAUUUUCUGACUUCAGGGUGUUGAAGAUGGCAGUGUGGAUCCAGGCCCAGCAGCUCCAGGGUGAUGCUCUCCACCAGAUGCAGUCCCUGUACGGGCAGCACUUUCCCAUUGAGGUGCGACAUUAUUUGUCCCAGUGGAUCGAGGGCCAGCUCUGGUGAGUUCCUCUGCUGCAGUGACACAGUAUGUUUGUAUACGUGUGUGUAUGCACAGUUAUGUCCACACGUAGGCUUGUACAAAUGUUUGUCUGGUAUGUUUUUUUUUUUUUAAAUCCUAAACAGAACAUCUAGACCGAUGCAUUUGUCUGAGCUAUAGGGAUGGGCGAUAUGGGCUAAAAAAAAUUAUCACAAUAAGAUUCCCCAUUCUGGCGACAACGAUUCAAGUCCUGAUAAAAAAAUAUUAUAAUUCCAGUCUGUAUUUUGGAUUCAUUUUGUCUUGAGAACAACAGUUGGCAUCGUCAAAUAAGAUACUUGACUACAAGUUUGAGUGGUAGGUUAUGGAGAAAACUAAUGACAUCUAACAGGUCUGAAAUGUAGAAACAUUCUCAACAUUAAUUAAAAACUCUUAUUGCACAGAGUGAACAGCAGCAGAUCCACUGUCCGAUGUCAGGCAUACCUGAUUGUGCUCAUCUAAGCUCCAAUCUUGAAGGAAAUCCCUCAUGUGGAGCUUCAUUAAGUAACGAGCUGCUCAGAAACGUCCUUUUCAUCACCUUUGGCCAUGUUUGUUUGUUAUUCUGCCCUGUGUGGGCUAUGGCUGUGAGUACGUCAGUGGUUUACGUCAUCAACUUGCAUUUAUGGGAUUUAUCAUGAGAUGACAAAUAUUUAUCUCAGAGGGUUUUUCUGACAAUUUAUCGUGAACGAUAAUUUAUCGCCCCUCCCUACUGCACAACCCAUAAAAAAUUAUGUCUGACUUUCCCUCCAUUCUCCCAUUCCUGUAUUUUUACCAUUCUGAAAAAUAAAGUAUCACAAGUGUCUACAUGGAUCUGAUUUGGCCAUUGAAGAAUUCAUCUUUCUACCCCAAAUGUCAACAUCCACUUAACUGUGACUUGAUGAAACCCUCAUUGGCUACUUUCUUCCAUCCCAAACUCUUAAAUAAAAAAUUGCAGUGACAUCUGAAGGAAGUUUAGUGACAUUUGGCAUGAGUUUUGAUUCUCCAUCCAUCAUCUGUGAUUAAUUUGUCAAUAAUCCCCUUUCUUUACCCCCAUAUAUUAGCUGUUAGUUCUGCUGUUUUGAGAAGGAUCUACUGACAACCAUGUUUCACUGUUAAUCAGACUCAGAUUUCUGUGUUAUUGUUUCCCACUUGUGAUUGAUUUGGAGCCAUCUCUCAUGCUCAAAUAGCACACAUGGGUAAUGUGUUCUUCGCAUUAUUUCCAAAAGUACAAAUGCCCCUUUUCCCCCCUUUGUUCUGUAAGAAAAAGUGAUAAGUGCAAACUGGAACUUGACUGGUUUGACUGGCUUGUUAGUCAUUUUGAAAUCUUUAAGCUCAUCCUUUAAACGUGUGCUUUCGUUGAUGCAUGUGUCUUGUGUGUUUGUUAAUUUGUUUGUUUUGAUAGGGAUGCCAUAGACCUUGAGAACCCACAGGAGGAGUUCAAGGCCAAACGCCUGCUGGACAGUCUAAUCCAAGAGCUGCAGAACAAGGCUGAGCACCAAGUGGGAGAAGAUGGUUUCUUACUGAAAAUCAAACUGGGACACUACGCUAGCCAGCUCCGGGUAAGCCUUCAGGAAAUAUACCUCACCCAUCAGAAAAAAAUGAAAAUCACCACCUCUAUGGAUAAACAGGUCCUCAUAACUUUUAUGUUUCUUGGCCUAUUCGUACAGUCUGAAUUAACACUUUUUGGCUUUCAGUCUGAGAGAGGUAAAACUGCGUUGGGCUCACACAGGAAUAAAAAGUAUUCAAAUUACACCUUUCAGGAUUCAUUCAGACCUCCCAGUAAGUCAACCUUUUCCCCCUUUUUUCUCUUCAAAAUCUCUGAUACAAAAAGAAAGAUAGAAAGUGACUUUUCCUGUCAUCACAUGGACAAAAACAAGAAUAUUUCAUCAGGAUUGCAGUUUUUCCAGCUGCUCAGACAGUGACCAUGUCUCAGAGAGAGGUUUACGAUGUGAAAAUGAUAAGCAGGUGUUUGUAAAGCACCACUGUUGGACUGUAACGCCUCUGUUGGUAUCAUUCUCAGAUAGAGCACACAGUGGGCAAAUGUUUAGGAACAGGAUGUAUCCACUCUGAGAAAACAAGAAGACAGCCUGAGUGAGUGAGGGCCUUGGUAACCAGCCAGCUCGGCUAUUUAUUAUGAAGCUCCCUGCUCACAGAUCUGCUCCUCUGUUUGUCUUCUCCCCUCCCUGGAACACAGCAGAGAAACAGGCCGUCCCAAAAUCACACUGUAAUUCCAGAUUCCUACCACUUUGUUUUUCCCCUUGACUGUCAGAGUAGCAUUAUUUCUGCGCCCUUGCUUUUCUUUUUUUGAUCUGGAGAUUUAUUCCCUCCAAAUACAAAAUAAAUACAUGAAAAAUAAAACAGACAAUUGUUUUAUGCCAAAUAUUGUCUUUGUUAGAGGACAUGUCCUCAUAAAUUCACUUUGCUAAAAACAAUUCACACAGGGAAUAACAACAACAACUAAUAACACCAAAUAGUUUCUAAACUGAGAGUCAAACCCUGAUUUAUUAUCAAUACAGAGGGGAAAAUCAUAAUUGUAACACUUAAACUAGUCAAUCAUGGUGUGUGUGUGACAGUGUGUGUGUGUGUGUGUGUGUGUGAGUGUGUGCACCAAAGACUCCUUUCCGCAUAAGUGAGUGCUGUGCUUCAGAGAUGGGGCUCAUUAAGCUCCUCUAAUGGCUUUUAGUGUGUCUUCAAGGUUGGCUCCAGAACUCACCAAGCUUCCUUGAGGCAGCUUAAUUGCCGAGUCUUGUGUGCAGCGGCCGCUCUGCCCGUCAGGAGCUAACAAGCCUUAACAAAGCACAUGUGCUCCUUGUCUUUCAGAGCACGUAUGACCGCUGUCCUCUGGAGUUGGUCCGAUGCAUCAAACACAUCCUCUACACGGAGCAGAGGCUCGUCAGAGAGGCCACCAAUGUGAGUAUGUGCUGUAUAAAUCAGGAGUGGGCUGAAACCUGCAAACAUACUUGUGCUCAUUCAUCUCUGCUGAAUACAACCUUGCAGAGUCAAGAAGCUGUGGCAAACCGGAUUCAUCUCAAAGUACAACAAACUAAAGUGCAGAAAGUUAAUUUAUCUGUGAAUGAUAAUGUAUAAAAGGGUUUUUUUCUCUCUGAAUAGAUUGACUGAUUCACCGUCUGUACAGAGCGAAAGUGAAAGGCUCAGACUCUGAAAUGAAAUCACUGUAUAGAGUAAAAAGUAGCCCUUGAAAGGACAUGUCAACCAAGCUACUUCUUUGCUAACUGAACAUCAUCAAUCAACCAGUCUUUAUUUAUAUAGCACUUUUCAUACAAAACCAUGUAGCACAAAGUGCUUCACACAGAAAAAGGAAUAUAAGAAACAAAAAAUACUCAAAUCUACCCCAACCCAACCCCUCAUUCCCACCACACGAUCUAAACGCAAUAGAAACAUGUAUUGAAAUGCACAAACUUGAUUUCAUAGAAACAGGAAUGUGUGCACAGAGGAAACGCCAUUUUAAAAUUCAAGAUAAGGAAACACUGGAGGUUUUGGCUAAAGUCUAAAAACAAAGUAACACAGAAUGAAGUUUAAGAAAUAAUAAAUAAAAUUAAAUAAAAACAGCAGUCAAAGAUAACAAAGUAAGAGCCCAAUAAAAGACAAUCCUGUCAUUAAAACUAGAAAAGAUAAAUGCAAAUACACUUAAAGUUAAUGAUAUAUAAUUUAGUUAAAAGUAAGACCAAAAAGGUCAUUUUUAGAUCAUGCCAAUUUUUUUUAGAAGAUCAUAUCUUUAAAUCAUCUUCAUCACAUGGAAGAAAUGCAAAGAGAAAAUAAUAAAGAUUUACUCUUUUUGACUGUGCAAGCCAGAUACAUGUUUAGCUAUCAGUAGUCGACAUAGUUUCCACGAUGGAGGCUCCUUCUCUUUUGUUUUGUUGUGUCACACGCACCAUAUUUGCCAUAUUAGCUCCCUGUGACAUGAAUUAUUGGAUAUUCUGGGGAAUUAUCCUUUUAAUGUGCUAUUGACCCAGUACUUUAUCUAAAAUCAGCUGAUACAUUCCUUUAAAGUAAUAACUUGUAGUAUAGUAACUUGUUUUUUGCCAGGAUCCCACUAGAAGCCUAACCUCUUAAUGUCGACUGAAUUAAGGAUUGGUUUCUUUCGUUACUGUUUUUCCCCCUCUGCUUCAAACCUUUCACAAUAACUCUGUAGAUUUCAUUACAUUUUUAUUAUUAAUGUGAUCCGUACAGACACUUCUUGUGAAAUAUCUUAUCAGACUAAGCCAUUUGUACUGCUCCUGUGCAUGUGCAUGAAGUCCAAUGGAAGUCAGAUUUUUCACAUUUUAUAACAGGCUGCGAGUUAUAAAAGCAUAAAGCCAGCAGUGCGUAAAAAACAUGUGACUCUCAGCAACUCCUGGGGUGAAUUGAUUUCCAGUCAUAACAUGCCUUUUCUAUUAGUGGAAUGCAUAUUUGGGCUGAUUGAAUUUCACCCUGUUAGAUCUGAACCUUUAUGCACCACAGUACUCUCUGUCAGACCCUUAAAUGACCACACAGUCUGCCUCAGUUUGAUAAGCAAAUGAAUUAUUUUACCUUGUCUGUGAGGAUUACCGUCAUCAGGCUUGUGCUUACUGGGGAUUUUACAGAAAAAUAGCCAAAAUGCAACAAGCAGGGCCCAGCUUAGGCUUUUAUCCAAGUUUCAUCGGUGCAUUUCACUUGUAGCUCCCUUUUCAACCCAUCAGUGUGCAGGCAAUUUUUGGUAUGGUGAAAGACAACACACAGGUCCUGCAUCAUCCAGUGAAAAAAAAGAAAACACUACCCUUGACUGAUUUCCUGAAUACUCUCAUCUCCAAAUCUGGUCUUAUUGUUGAUAGUCAAACUCUCCGGUGGGUGGGAUGUUGGACAGCAUGUCCCAGAAGUACCAGCAGAUCAACCAAGCUUUCGAGGAACUGCGCCUACUGACCCAAGACACUGAGAAUGAUUUGCGCAAGCUCCAGCACAACCAGGAGUACUUUAUCAUCCAGUACCAGGAGAGCCUCCGCAUCCAGGGUGAGACCAGGAACCAGAGUCAUUUUAUAAAUGCUGCUAUGAUUAUUCAGUUAUGUUUCCAUCACCAAAUAUCAAUGAGCCAUUUGUUUUACAGACCAAGUUGUGGUUGUUCGAAACAGAUUUUAAAGCUGCUAUUAUCACCUCUCUGCUUAAUUAAUACAUUUGAACUCAAUGACUAACUGCCAGGUUUAAAAAAAUCUAUCGAGAAAGUAUUUGAUUUAAUGAUAUUAAUGAUUUGUUGAGGCUUUAAUUAGCCUGGUCUGCAGCCCUUGCUCCACUCUUCAUGACUGUAUGCAGAAGAGUUUGAAUCUAGUGUAUAAUAGAGCUUCAAAUAUCAACAUUUGGAAAUGUGUAGAUGUACUACAUUCUUCAAAUACAUUUCACAGCUGUCUGAAGUAUGUGUGAUCUUGCUGAAUCAUCAGUAAUAAAAAAUGAACGCCUAUAGCUUCCAUAAUCCAGCACCGUUUGCAUACAUUUUGUAUUGUUCUGACUUGCAGCUCUGAUAGCAUGGGCAAUGUAGAGUCUGUGAGCAUUAAGAUUUUUACUUUUUCUCCUUCAACUCCUCUUUCCCCCUCCUUUCUCACUCACCUCAUUCCUACUUGGACGGCAACUAAUACCACCCAUGCUCAGCUCAGCUGUCCAGCCUGGCCACACUCCCCCCUGCUGACCGACAGCUACGGGAGCCCGCCCUGCUCAGCAAGAGAGCCACUGUGGAGGCAUGGCUGACCAGAGAGGCCAACACACUACAGAAAUACAGACUGGUUAGACAUGAUCAUGGACACACUUUUCAGAAUCAAUUUGUUUCUGUCUGUACCCUGCUGAUGUGGACAUUUCUGAUGAUGUGCAGGACCUGGCAGAGAAGCACCAGAAAACACUGCAGCUGCUGAGGAAACAGCAGACCAUCAUUCUGGAUGAUGAGCUGAUCCAGUGGAAGAGACGGCAACAGCUGGCAGGCAAUGGGGGCCCGCCAGAGGGAGGCCUGGACAUCCUGCAGUCCUGGUGAGUUCUUUUCUGCCUCCCAUCAAGUCUACAGCCACAAGAUUUCCACCCAAAUCAAGGGGUCGCCCAUUUACAAGCUCUUAAUUGACUACUGCUGGGUUCAUGUCCUAAUAAAACGAAAAGGCAUGUCUCACUUUCAGAUGUUUCUCCUUAUUUAGGAAUGAUUACAACCUUUCUUUCUUUAUGGGUUUGUGCAUGUAUGUGUGUGUGUCAGGUGUGAGAAGCUGGCUGAAACAAUCUGGCAGAACAGGCAGCAGAUUCGAAGGGCAGAGCACCUGAGACAACAGUUACCCAUCCCUGGACCCAUCGAAGAGCUCCUGAAUGAACUAAACAGCACCAUCACAGAUAUCAUCUCAGCACUGGUCACCAGGUGUGUCUCUUUGUAUACAGGGUUACCUGUCCAACUACAGAGGAAAUAAACUGUCUGUCUUUGUGUGUUUGUCCUUCUCUUAUCCCCUCUAGAAUAAAUAAUCUAAUUCUCAACACUGCAAGUAUUAAGGGCCAAGCCAUCACUCAUGUCUUGAGUGGGGCACUUCAGUCGUACUUCCAAAGAUUGGCUGAGAAAAUCAGAUUCAAGUACAAGUGUUUUGUGCACUAAAGCCCUUUCCCUCAGUGAAUAUUAACCUUUAAGAGAGUAAGUCCUACUUAUUCAACUUAAGGUCAGUUUUUGGUCAACAAAGUGAGAGAUAUUAUCAGGUCCUUCAAUGAAGUUACUCUGGAAUUUAACUUAUCCCCCCUAAUAACAUUAUUGACAUGCUGGACUUGAGUCUGUACACAUGUGGGCAUCUCAGGGCAUGUUUGUUUGUAUUCACUCACUUGAUUGUUUUCUGCAUUAUUGAUAAGUGAUGUCUGCUAGAGUGAGGUCAUUUCUACAAAAGUUCAGGGCUAAUGUUGUAUCUUAGUCUCUAAGUUAAUGUGAGGACACCAUAGACCAUGUAUAUAGAUUGGACGCUGUCUGCCUCCUCACUGUGUGAAGCCACCAUGAGAACAGCACCCUCUGGUGACAGGCUGCAGUAUAGGUCAUAAAUCCCGCCUUCUCCAGCAAUCCCUAUAGAGCGGUGGACAAACUUUAGAAAUUUAUUACACAGAAUACACCCCCCCCCCCCCCCCCGCUUGCGAUGUUGACAUGUAGUUACUGUCAGACUGGUUUGUGCUCAAGUCUUUUUCUUUCUGUGCAGCUCCAUUUUUUAAAAGUUAUUAGUGGGUUCAUGUUUUCUUCGAUAUACACUUGAUGCAGCCUAUGGGCGUACAAAGAUUGCGUAGCUCACCCGGGGGAUACGCUGUUUGAGCCAAGCGUCAUCACUGCAACUCUCCUGCUGAAUCCUAGAAAUACCAAGAACAAUUCAGCUUCAAAUUCGUAUAAUGGCGGAAGGUGGAGCCAAGUUGUCCAUAGUAUAUACAGUCUAUGGGGGACAUCUGUGGUUACCCCAGUAACAGCAAAUGCUGUUGACAUGACAGCAAACACUAGCCUGGCUGGGCCAUCCAGUUGCAUGAAUCACUUGCCGUUCCUUCCCACAACAGUCAGGACUUCGGCCCAUUGGGAGCGUGUAUUACAAAUCAGAACAUAACCGGGCCAGUCAGUGACUUUGUUUCCACUGUUCCCCGGACAACAGUGAAAGGCAGCCCCUGAUUGGUCCAUGUGUAGAUGGUGACGUCUAACACAUGCUGCGGGGCUUUUCAAAGCGUUAAUUCUGCAGUUGAUUUUGCAAAGUCUGCAGAAAUCGUAUAUAUAGAAGACAUAAAAGACAUUGUUUGCUUGCACACGUUGAAAUAUUACCAAACCUUUACUUGAUGCUUGAGAGCCCAGCAGGGAACACAGUUGCGGACUGUGAUGACGUCAGAUGUUUGGUUACGGUGAUUGGUUACAGUAGUCUGUCUAUCAAGGAAAGUACUCCCGCCCUCUUUUAGGGCUCCCAAUUGGCCGAAGUCCAGACUGUUGUGGGAAGAAACGGCAAGUGAUUCACACAACAGGAUGGCCCAGCUAAUCUAAGCAAACACUCCAAAAGCAGCUAAUCUGUCAGAAAUACAACAAAGGAGCAACACAUUUAUCAAUUUAUAGAGCAGAAAAACUCAUGCCUUCAAAAUAAGUCGGUCAAAAACAAUUUCAAACUUUGUCCUUACUUUUUAAAAACGUUUUAAACUCAUAUUUUUAUACAAUUACAGUGACCCUAAGUUUCAUAAGUGGAACUCUUUUAGAAGAGGCUCUUGGUAAGGUUUAAUUUCUAGUAUUACGAACUUGCUACAGUUUUUUAGUGGUUCACAUGGUUGAAGGAUAAUUGAGUUAAAAUAUUUUUUUGAUUGAAUAAAUGUUUUCUCUCUGGUGAAUUCCUCAUCUCUGUGAAGGCUUUUAUUAAGGACUCUACUACUAUCGAUGGAAACCACUACACAAAGUUUUAGUGACAGACUGUGAAGACAAAGAUUUGUGCUGAAAAGACUAAGGAUCGACCAGUAAUUCAAAAAUAUUGGCCAAUAUUCAGCAUUUUGAUAAUAAUUGGCAGCACCUGUUUUUUCCACAGUAGCCUAUAAAAUAAGUUUAUUUUAAAGUGCGCUCAUUCGGCUCUUACACAACCGCCUCUCUCUGCCUGAAGUCACCACUCUUGGCUGAGAAACAAUGUCCCACCUACAGUCCCCACUGAUGGGCUACACAGACAGCCAAUGAAAACUCAAGCUUCUAGUUAGUUACAGUUAGAGUUCAUCAUGAGUGCUGCUGUAAGAUCCCUGCACUUUUGGUUGUUUUUGUUGUUCAGACAAUAAAACAUCAGACAGAUUUUCACAGUGUACAAAACAAACUGUGUACUGUGUUCAGUCUAAUCCCAGGUGUGUUAUCUAAAAUUUUGAUACCAAAAUAUAAAUUUCUACUGCAAAUAAAUAUCGGUUCUAAAUAUUGGUUAUUGGUUUUCCUUAAUUACUAAUAAUCUGUAUCAGUAUCAGCCCUAAAAAAAAAAAGAAAUAAACAUAUUGGUUGAUCCUUAGAAAAGACUGCCAAACAGGAACACUGGGGAGAAAUGACAUUUAAAGUUGUCAGUAGUCAGAUCAACAGAAAAUUAAACUGGAUUAUAACAAAGGUUUAGUUUGGUCUAGUUUAGAAUCAAGAUUGCCACUGGGGCCAUGAUUUUAAAUAAUAUAUACAAAGAAGAUUCAAACACUUUCACUCUAUAUAGUUUGAAUGUGAGUCCUGUCUGCUUGUGUUACAAUCUCAGCUCAGCGUUGAUCUGAAGUUUUUGACAGCAUCCUCUUCUGUGCUUGUUGAAGAUUGUCCCUGCAGGGACCCAUAACACUUAGGAGGCUUUUUUUGUUGUAGCAGUGAUUCCUGGUUGGCCCCAGACAAGCCUGAAUCCAAACUGUAAUGUACUGCUAUCACGCACAGUACUACAAGCACAGGUUUAGGUUUGGCCAACCUCAGAGAAAAGUCCCCUUAGGCAUGCCCUUCUGUGGAAUCAGAGCAACAGUUUCAAAAGGAAGUAAUUGUUGUCCCUGUUUGUGGUCUGCACAGUCAUUACUUUAGUUACACAAACCAUGUUUCAUGUCCAAAACAGUCUAAUCUAAUAAUAUUCCUGCAGUUAAACAUGCUGCUUUGAAAUCCUGUGACCAAAUUAGUUUACAGCUUCCUGGUGUCUAUCUAAAAAUUUGGCCACAAUUAAGAAACAUUUUUUUUAACUUGAAAAAUAAAUAUUUCUUUCAAACUAGCUGUUCUUUUAAAUUAGCAAUUUGAUGGUACUGCUGAUAUGAAUAUGUUCAUAAAAUACAAUUUUUAUCUGAUAAAAAUUAGGGGUUGGGAGAAAAAAUUGAUACAGCAUAGUAUUGCAAUAUUUUGUCUGGUGAUAUAUUGUAUCGUCUCAUUUACCAAGUAUUGAUUUUUUCAAUUAAUUGCUAACAUGAAGUCAAAUCUAUGAUAAUGGAAAAAUAAAAUCAACUGUUUGUCCAGUGAGAUUGGCAGAGGGGAUAUCGUAGAGCAGAAGAAAGUUUCAACAACAAAUAUAUAUAAGGUUUGCAAGAUGUGCCACAUGAAAAUAAAAUACAGCAUAAAUAAGACAAACAGAAAGGAAAGACAAAUGCUAAAGUAGCUAAACAGUUGAGAAAAUUGUAUAAAUCAUAACAUAUUGUAUCUUAAUACUCACUGUAUUGCAAAAUGUUAAAAAUCGCAGCAUUAUCAUAUCGUUGCCCAAGUAUUGUGAUACUAUCGCACUGUGGGGCCAUGAGUGAUUCCCAUCCCUACUAAAAAUGCAGGAGGAGAUUUCAUGCAGCAAAGUGUAAGAGCUAGAUUUUGACGUAAUGUAUUACUGCUAUGCUGAAUACCGUUUGCCGUCUUCUGACUUUCAGUAUGUUCUUCUCUUUCCUUUUACAGCACCUUCAUCAUUGAGAAACAGCCACCACAGGUGUUAAAAACCCAAACCAAAUUUGCCGCAACAGUGCGCCUUCUGGUGGGGGGUAAAUUGAACGUGCACAUGAACCCUCCACAGGUCAAAGCCACCAUCAUUAGUGAACAACAAGCCAAGGCCCUGCUGAAGAACGAGAACACAAGGAAGUAAGUCUAGUUCCCUCAGUUCAACUUUAACAACCUGUUUUAUUUUGAAUUUGUCCGUCAAAAACAUUCUUGAAUCAGAUAUUUCACAAAGUGGGUUUGUACGGUUGUGCAGUGGUUAGCUCUGGUUUAGAUCACAGGUUAAACAAGGGCCUUUCUGCAUGUUCUCCUAGUGCAUGUGUGGGUUUUCUUAGGGUUCUCAAGCUCCCUCCCACAGUCCAAAAACAUGCCUGUCUGGUUAACUGGUCACUCUAAAUUGCCCUUAAGUGUGGAUGUGUGCACAAAUAAUUGUGUCUGAAUAUGUGAUAGACCGGUGACUUGUCCAGGGUGUACCCUGCCUCUUGCCUAAUGACAGCUGGGGAAGGCUCCAGCCUCCCACGGCUUUGAAUGGGAAAAGUGGUUAAGAUAAUGGAUGGAUGGUUUUAAGGGAGUAACCCUUACUGGUGUUUUACACUGUUGCAGCAACAACACUGUCACUCUCUCUUCCUUGAAUAAACAUUUUUCGGGAUCCCUUCUUCCUUUUGUGGGGACACUCUGACGAGCCCCCAUGGCGCCGGUUAGAUAAGGAUUCCCAGUUUUCUGCAGGGAUUAGUGGAUCCCAGGAUGAACUCUGGUCUAGUGUGUCUCCAGACCUAACCACAGAGCCAUGAGUGGAACUUCAACAAUGCCUCAGAGGAAUCUCUGGUGUGGAUGCUGAAUCCACAUUUAGCCUGUUCCACCACCUCAGUCCACAUUCCUCUUGACUAACAGAAACCUUCCAAGACUGUAGGUCAGCCAGACAGCCAGUGGUUGAAUGGGUGAGCAUAUAACAGCGUAACCAAACCGGCAUCUGCUUUCACUUAUCCAAACCACUUGGUAUUGCACCCAAUCAGCUACACCAAAAACAUCUGUUUGGUGUUUUCCCAUUUAGUGGUAGUUAACUGUCAUUAUAAUUACACAGAAAAUGAACACCAUUCUGAAAAACCUCAUGUUUUUCACACGGCUUCUGUCGUUUUAAUUUAUUCGGGGUCGAGAGGGAUUCUCAGAACUCAAGUGUCGUCCAGCAGACGUUACGACUAAUUGACAUACUUCUCGAUUGUGUCUUUUGUUUAGUGACAGCAGUGGGGAAAUUCUCAACAAUAACUGUGUGAUGGAGUACCACCAGACGACAGGCACUCUCAGUGCACACUUCAGGAACAUGGUGAGCUCCAUACUUUGUUUUCAUGGGAACCAUCUGGUGCAAGACAUACAGCACAUAGCUCUCAGACCAUGUUUAUACAUUAGAUAAAUUGAUUACAUAUCAUAACCUAUUAUGUAUUUAGCUUUAGGAGCAGCAGGGUGGAGCUGCACUGAGGUGUCCAGUGUUAUUGUCAGAUUACCGUCCAGUGUGGGUGUAUUUACAUACCACAUGUUGUAAGCACCAUUCUCUAGAGACCCUCCAUGGACUACUUAAAUGUCAGCCCCAUGUAGUCCAUUUGUAUCAUGCAGCCAUCUGUGUGAUGUAUUUUCUUAUUCUUGCACCUGUCAUCUUUUAUGUAGUCUUUGAAGAGGAUCAAACGAUCGGACCGGCGAGGAGCAGAAUCUGUCACAGAGGAGAAGUUCACCAUCCUGUUCGAGUCCCAGUUUAGCGUUGGAGGCAAUGAGCUUGUCUUUCAAGUGAAGGUGAGAGCAAGCAGAAAGACAAGGUAGAAGAAAAGGCUUGAACAGCCUUGACUCAGAAGACACUAUCCAUUCUUCCUUAUACAAAAGCGUAAAUCUGUUCAUUCUAAGACUCAGCCAGAGAACAUAAAAGUAUCCGCUCCCACACCUGCUUUGAAGUACUGUUCACAUUUGCUCAUCCCUGUCGUCCUUACAGCGAUUUGAUGUUUAAAAAGCUCUUUUUACCAUUCUAUCCACACAAAUACUACCAAGGUCAUGUUGUUUUGCUGUGCGUACAGCAUUUAUUGUUCCCGCAUUGUUUUGCUGAUGGUCUUUCUUCUUCUUUUUUACAGACGUUAUCACUUCCUGUUGUGGUGAUAGUUCACGGCAGCCAAGACAAUAAUGCCACAGCAACUGUGUUGUGGGAUAACGCUUUUGCAGAGCCAGUGAGUAAAUGUUUCUUUUUGAACAGGAAUCUGUGUGCAAAAAUCUGUACUGGCAUCAUUAUUCUUUAUUCUUUAUUCCGUAUGGAAUUUUUCAGAGAUGCGUAUUCUAUCACUUUCCAGUUUUAUUGUUAGAUGUCUUUUUAAUUGUAUCUGUGUCACACUAUUACUCAGUGUGAUAAUACUGUCUGUAUCAAAGCCUGACUUUACUGUUACAGUGCUGUUUUUGUCAACAUGUAAAUGUGUUAAUCUCUGUGAAAUGGAAAUUAUUUCUUAUACUGUCUGGUCUAUCUAAGAUUUUUUAAAACAAAAAUGUCCAUUAUUUAAAGAUUUUAAAGGGAUAUACCGGCGAGAAUUUAGAGAUGAAUGUUGCUUAUCUUUUUAGCUUUGCCUGAUUUCUUUAGCAAAGAGACCAAAGGCAACUCACCCACUCUCCUCCAGCAGCCGCUUGUUUGUGGGGGGAGCCCUAGUGAGUCGAUAACCGAGUGCAGCAGAGUUUUGCAGCUCAAGGAAGAACAUUUAUAAUUAUUACUUCAUGGAAAUGCAAUUAGACUGAGACGCUAAGACAGAAUAACUACCGCGUCUGCAGUGCAAAAUUAUUAUGAUGAUUAUUACUUCAUGGAAAUGAUCUGCUACACUUGGUGAACAACUCUUCAGGGCUCCCCCACAAACAAGCGGCUGCUGGAGGAGAGUGGGUGAGUCAUGUUUAGUCUCUUUGCUAAAGUAACCAGGCAAAGCUAAAAAGAUGUUUGGUGGCUAGUACUAUGGCUGGGACCCUAUAUGUACUGUUGAUGAAGUUAGGUGCUGUUCUGAGCAUUAUUUGUGGCUAUAGAGUAGCUUUUUGGUUGAGGUUUUCACAUGGAGACGUAGACCGCUGUGUAUUGCUAUCGUGCGGUCAUGGCUGAAGUCGGUAUAACUAGAGAAGCAAGCAAUUGGCAACAUUCAUCUCUCAAGAUGAACUUAUAUUUAUGCCAAAAUAUCCCUGUCAUCUCCAGUCUUCUGAUUUGCAUUUUUUUCUUUAAACUAGCAUAUAAAUUUAGGCAAGAUUAUUUGGUUUAAUCUGAAUCACCUCACAAGAGAUGUACAGAAAGUUUGCAGGAAAAACUAUGAAAUUCAUAAAAAAAAAAACCCUUCUCUGGAUAUAGAACUAUGUACAAGACUGUUUAUCUAUGAUUGUGUUUGUAUCCUUUGUACACACAACGUAAGAAAAUACUCUGCUUUUUAUCUACAGGGACGGGUGCCUUUCCUGGUGCCAGAUAAAGUGCUAUGGCCUCAGCUGUGUGAUGCCAUCAAUAUGAAGUACAAGGCUGAGGUGCAAAGUAACCGAGGUCUGUCUGAAGAGAACCUGGUCUUCCUUGCUCAGAAGGCCUUCAGCAGCUCCAGCAACAACCCUGACGAUUACCGUAACAUGACAAUGACUUGGUCGCAAUUUAAUCGGGUCAGCAUUAAGACUCCUCUCCUGUGACUCAUCUUUUUACUGUAACACCAUUUAUCUAAAGUGCAUACGAAUUAUCUGUCUUCAUCUGUGAAUAAUGUAUGGGAGUAUGAAUGGUUUUAUCCUCCUUCCAUCUUUAAAAUGCCUGCAGGACAGUUUCAGUAAGCCAUUUGAGAAGCAUGCAUCUUCUCCAUGGAAUCGUUUACUAUUGGUUAUUCAUACAGUGAGAUAUUUCGUGCUCCAUUUGCCGUGUUCCUACAGCCCUAUUCUGUAGCCGGCUUGAGUAAGAGCGCCUCAUUGGUAGCCAGGUCUUCAUCUUAAUGUGCCUGUUUGUCCACACUGUGAAAGGCUGGAGGCCUCAUUUUCUGGCUCAAAGCAGCAGUUGAUGGCAGAGAGCGCACUUACAUUCACUGUGCACCAUCAGUCUCAUUAGAUUACAGGAACAUCAGCCACUUUACAGGCUGCUGUAUAAACCUCACCCACACACACACAUGCACAGUUUCACCCCCUCUUCUAUUUACCCCCAUCCCCACACACAACAUAUAUAUACACACAUACAGCUGCACACUUAAAUUAUAAACACAAACAGUAAGAGGACAGGUUGUUCCCUGCAUUUAUGGGCUGGAUGUUUAAAGAAUGUAUACGUCCAUUAGAGUCCUGUUUUCUUACUUAAUAACCUUUUUCUCACAGGAAAGCUUGCCAGGGAGGAACUUCACUUUUUGGCAAUGGUUUGAUGGUGUGAUGGAACUCACAAAAAAGCAUCUCAAACCCCACUGGAACGAUGGGUAAGAAAACUGCAGAGGUUUUUGUUUGCUUCAGUACUGACUGAAGCAGAACGAAAAGAUUAAAAACACGCUGUACCUUUUUUCAGUUUGGCAACAGGGCUUUUUUGUUCUAAAAGUAGAUUUUUUUCUGUCCCCAUUUUGUCAAUUCUGGCGACUCAGUCAGUGGCUUAGUUUUAUAUUUUUCCAUGGCAACCAGGGGAGUGGGAGCUUUGGCAAGUAAAGUAGAAUUGUAAAGAGGGAGGUGGGGAGGUUAGGGAAUGCACAUCACAGUUUUAAUGUUUUUUUCCCCCUUUUUACUUCUUUCUCUUUUUAGUGCCAUAUUAGGCUUUGUGAACAAGCAGCAGGCUCAGGACAUGCUGAUGUCCAAACCCAACGGUACCUUUCUCUUGCGCUUUAGUGACUCUGAGAUUGGAGGGAUUACAAUUGCAUGGGUGGCAGAAAAUCCUAACAAAGCAGGUAAGAUAUGUUUAUGCAUGUUAAAUUUAUAGCACAUAAAACAGACUAGAAGGUCAGGGAGUUUAAUCAAAUUUAAACCUUUCAAGGAUCCAGCUUCUAAUCAGCUGCAGCACACAGAAUUACUUCAUUUCCAACGUUAGGAAAGUAUGCUGGCCGUGAACCCCUGUGAGAUAAAGUUAAUGUUUCUUAUGCUCAUUCAUUCUUAGUAUACACAGAGCUAGGGCUGGGCGAUAAAACAAUAAUGACAUACAGUACAGGCCAAAAGUUUGGACACACCUUCUCAUUCAAUGUCUUUUCUUUAUUUUUUUAUAUGACUAUUUACAUUGUAGAUUAUCACUGAAGGCAUUAAAACUAUGAAUGAACACAUGUAGAAUUUUGUACUUAUAAAGAAAGUGUGAAAUAACCGAAAACAUGUUUUAUAUUCUAGUUUCUUUAAAAUAGCCACCCUUUGCUCUAGAUGACAGAAGUACCUUGUCAGGGUUACUUCAGGCACUCCUGUGAACCAAAAACCAUUUCAGGUGACUACCUCAUGAAGCUCAUUGAGAGAACAGCUAAAGUUUGCAGCGCUAAAAAAAGCAAAGGGUUGCUACUUUGAGAAAUCUAAAAUAUAAAACAUGUUUUCAGUUAUUUCACACUUUUUUCUUAAGCACAUGAUUCCACGUGUUCAUUCAUAGUUUUGAGAAUCUACAAUUUAAAUAGUAAUGAAAACAAAGAAAAUGCAUUGAAUGAGAAGGUGUGUCCAAACUUUUGGCCUGUACUGUAUAUCAAAAUUAAUUUCUGUUGAUAUCAAUAUGAAACUUGGUCAAUAUGCUAGCUUUCUGCCAUGUUUUGGUAGACUAUACAAAUAGCCAAUAAAAAAAGAGAGUUGCUUCGAGUUCGCAACACACUGAACCAAUCAUACUGAAUUAGAACCAAGUAGCAAACAACUGUGUAGUAGCAGGCUGCAGCUACACACAACCAUAGAACUUUAACACGAUAAGCCGACAGCACUGUUGGUGAGAAAAAAAUGAGUGCUACCCUCAGCAGAAAUGCAAAUGAAGGCUCAAUAGAUGAUGACAUCGUCGACCAGACUGGCACAAGCAAGUGCGAAGCAGCCCACGAUGCCUGUGCAGCCGAACAGCCGACCAUUCAGUCUGCUUUCUCUAGCACAAAUCAAUUUAACAAAAUUUUGAAGAGACACAAAGACCUCACAGAUGCAGUAGCUUAGUGUACUGCAAAAGACAUGCUACCAAUAAACACUGUUGAAUUUCAUUUAAGAGUAACAGGGAACAUUUAAGAUUGACAAGGGAUUUUUUUAUAUCAUGAUAUUUAUUGAUAUUGAUUGAUAUGAAAAAAAUAUAUUGUGAUAAACUUUUUCCCAUAUGGCCCAGCCCUACACAGAGUUGAACGGUGGUUUCAGUUACAAUGUUAGAAAUACUCUAAAGUGUGAAAAAUAACCACAGUCUUACACAGUCAGAGUCCAACAAUUGGAAAUGGAGGAGAAUUAAAACAGCCGUUUCAUUUCUGGCUGUAAGAAGUGAGAAGCAGACUAUAAAUCACUGGGUAUGAAAUACAGCCUCAGAUAAAUGAGGGAGUUUUUGAUUUCCUUAGCAUUCCUUAGAGUCUAAGGACUAGCUGUAAAUAAGAUUGUUAUGAGUACUGUCUUCACAGAGUUGUCCUAAGUUGUAAUUAUGCUGUGAUUUGUGUCCCAGGUGAAAGAAUGGUUUGGAACCUCAUGCCGUACACAACCAAAGACUUCUCCAUUCGCUCUCUGGCUGACCGCAUCAGCGAUCUCAAUCACCUCCUUUUCCUCUACCCUGACCGAGCCAAGGAUGAGGUUUUCUCCAAAUACUACACCCCACCACUUUGUAAGCACUCUUCGCUCUCUUUGAAUGGGCCGCUGUCAGAAUGAGCAGAUAUCUUAGUUGCUGUGUGUCUAAGUCAUUGAGCCGUCUCUCUCUCUCUCUCCCUGUGUUUGUUUGUUCAACAGCCAAAGCAGUUGAUGGCUACGUGAAGCCGCAGAUCAAACAAGUGGUACCCGAGUAAGUAUUGAGCUUCCUUUUUCUGCCUUAUUUCCUGUUCUGUCUCUUCUUUUGUCUUUCAUUCCUCUCACAGUUUUUUUUUUUAUAUUAUCCAUGGCAACAUUUAGAGUUAAUCACCAAAUAUUGGAGCCUGAAUUCAGAUCAGCUAUUAGUUAGCUGUUACAGUUGGAGGAGGCCAAUUAAAGACAGCCGUGGUUCCUGAGUGAGCUUGUCUCCCACUCAUCAUUAGAGUUAGGCUUGUUAGUUAGCAGGACCCGCUCCCUGCCUGUCUCCACGGCUGGUCCUCCCGCAGUACAGAGAAUGGCCGUAAUGAUGCAGUGAGGCCUGGGAAACACGCUGAGGGUAGUUGCUUAGGCAACCGCUGCACACCGACUCAUUGGCUUUUAUCUGGUGUUUAUGUGUGUGUCCCUGUGUGUGUCUCUGUGUACAGGUUUACUACAGCCAAUCCAGACCCGGCAAGCGGGAAUCAAACCUAUAUGGAUCAAGGCGCCUCCCCAGCACCUGUCAAUCACCCUCAUACAUACAACAUAUACCAACCUAUGUGAGUCAACAAAUCCAUUCAACCUAUGAUGUAACUGUGUGUGUGUGUGUGUGUACAUCUAUUACUAGUAAAGGGCAUCUCAUUGCCAUGCCUCUUCUCCUUGUGUCCUUUCUGGUGGCAGGAGUGACUCUAUGUUGGACGCAGACGGAGACUUUGACCUGGACGACACCAUGGAUGUGGCGAGGCAUGUCGAGGAGCUCCUCCGGCGGCCUGUAGAGAGCCAGUGGGGCGGCCAGCAGUCCUGACCUUUGAACUUUUAACCUGUGACAGCACCAAACAAAACCCCCCCUCCUGACUUGCCCCACUUACAUUGACAUUUCUCAUGGUUUAAUUCCAUUCAUUUCUCUCUUUUUUUUUCAGAUAGCUAUAAUGUGAAAUGUUAAUAAUGGUCGUGAUUUUCUUCUCAUUUCAUCAUGACAGCAUGCAUGUCAGUACCUUCUCAUAGUUUUUUUGUGUGUCCAUAAGUGUUUGUAAAACAGAUUAGGUAUCAUGCAAAACACACAAUGUUACAGUGUUAUAGAAAAGAAAAGGUUGUUCAUUCACAUUGUGCAUGCAUUUCCAGUUGAUUUUGAACAGAUUUCAAAAAAAUGAUCUUGUACGCAGUCAUUUUAACAGUUGAAUGUUUUUAUUUUGUUAUAUUUUUUCUUUGUAAAUUGGUUAUCAGUAUUUUGAUAGUUACAUUGAACUUGCCCUCUGGUACAAAAAAAAAAAAUAGAUAGUUCUAUGAAAAGUUUUGCUUUAGCUUAAAUCAAGGAUUCACUGCUCUGCUAAGUUACGGUUUAUCAAAAUCCAUACACACUAACUUAAAGGCAGAUCAACUCUCUGCCGCUGACAGCACUCACAUCAGCACAUGUGCACAAGUGUACAAUCUGUUUGUUCUGAUUUGUUCACCAGCUAAAACCCAGCAGAGGGGGUCUCAGCACCUCCCUCACUCUCACAGGGCUAUUUGUCUCCUGCCUGCACACAGAAAUGCAAAUCUGAGCAUUUACCCAGCGCUGCCUGCUUUCUCUUCUCAGGUCCCUCUGUUUCCCUCAUCAGUGCUACCUCACAUUAUCCUACUGAUAGUGUUUCUUUUGGUAUCCUCGUUUUUUUUCUGCACCAUACUCACACGUAGCAUGCAGGUUUGUUUUUUUCUGUGUUAAAAGUGUAAAUCUCUGUGAAGAAAAUCCUGGCAAACAUUUUUGGCUGUGUUAUGCUUAAAACUGCUCACCUGAUGAAGUAAAGAGGCAUGAAGGUCCAUUCACCCAUAGAUAUGAACAGUAGAUACGACAUGCCCCUUUGAGCUGCGUGCCUAUGUGGCAGCCAUCUUAGCAGGGGCAACUUUCCCAUUAAAGGCAUUAGAUGUACAUGGGAAAUAAAUCACAUCUUAAUCAUUUUUCAAUAUAUUUUCAUGAGGAUACUUUAUUAUUAACACUAAAAUAUGUGCUAUUAAUACAGAGCAUUUGAUUAAAAAAUUCCUUUAAAAAAAAAACUUCAAUGUUUUGUACUAAUAGCACAUGUUUUGACGUUUAAAAUAAAGUCAACCGAACGAAAAUUGGUUGAAAAAUUAGCAAGAUCUGAUUUAUUUCCCAUUUACAUCUAAUGCUUUCAACGGGAAAUUUGCCCCCGCUAAGAUGGCUGCCACGUAGCAUGCUGCUACAGCACGCUGGCGUAUCUACAUCUCUAUAUACAGUGCCCAGCAUAAGUCAGUACAUCCCCUAUUGAUAGUAAUGUAUUACUCAGUAUCUAAAUGAGUGAGGAUUUGACAAAGCUGAGUUCAACAUAACAUGUUAUUCACCAUAAGAUGAAAAUAAGGUGAUACGGUUACUAAGAUUUAGCUUUGCUCCCAGAACUUUGAUUGGGGUGUACUCAUUUUUGCAUCCGGGUGGUAAAUUGAAAAACAUACUUUUUUGUAUGUAACUUAAAAAAAUCUCUUUUGCAAUCAAUGGCAUACCUUUGGGGAGUAUUAGUCAUAGAAAAUGUUGAUUUUGAAAGGAAUCUAAAGGUUUUCUGACAACUCUGAAGGGGUGUACUCAUUUAUGCUGAGCACUGUAUAUACCUGUGCACUCUCCUGGUCAAUGUUUAGAUAAUCAAAGCUGCGCUCCUUCUUACUUCUCUGCUCAUCCGUCCACUCAUCCAUGUAGCCGUGUCAUGACACUGUGGUAAAACUUGUGCAUGUGAGACAACAGGUCUGCACCAGCAGCUGAUGUUGCAAGGCGUGCACGCUUUACAUGCUUGCACAGAAUUAUCAUCCACCGGGCCGAAUAUAGAACUCAAGGUUGCAUGACAUGUCAAGUCUCUGUUUUAAUAUUUGGCUCGACAGUUUCAUAAGUUCCAAACAAAGUCUUGAAACUAUUACCCUAAACUCUCCCCUGGCACACACACACACACAACACACAGAUACACACACACUGACACCAAGCAUUGAAAUAAAAAAAAGCCGCUAACAGCAGCCUUGCACCUCAGGAAUGACUUGCUUUGCUUAGCAGAUGUACAAGCCAAAUGAAAUAAGAUCUAUAUUCAGAAUAUAUGAAUUUAUUUUCUUUAUCAUAAUUCUAUUUUAUUAUUGUUUCUCUGGCACUCCCCUGUUGUAUGUCACCCUUAUGCAUGGAUUUACAUUCAAAUAGUAUCUCCUGAGUUCGAGCAGAAGGUGCAGGUCACGAUUCAGCAGAAGUACACAUUGAAAGACGACGCAGAAAAACUGGAAAUCAGAGAAGAACUUCUGUGCGUUUCCAACAAACAUAACAGUAUUAUGAAGAUAUUCCCUUGUAUAUCUGUUCAUUUCUCUCUCAAGCUUCUUUUGUAUCCCAUUUUUUCUCUCCCGUUUUUCCUCAAAUGACAUGGGCGGUCUUUGAUAUAUUCUUCAUUCUCAUCAUUUUGAAGCUUUGUUCCACUGUAGACUGUGUAUUUUUUCAUGUGUGCUAUUCAAUGUAUGUACCAUGUUUGUGGUUUUUGUUCGUCCCUUGGAGUUUGUCCAAGAGACAGCUGUUGAGUCGAAAAGAAGAAAAUAAAGUUUUAUAAAUAAUUUUAACUGA